AUGCUAACACGUUGUUUGCCGGCACAAGGUGGUCGUUUUUUGGCUCUCUGGUGCCGCAGAAUCAUGGUUGUUUCCUAUAAUACAUCAUCAGAGUUUGGUACUACAGCUAUGAAGACGCAAUCAUUGACUGUCAGCUCUUCCCGCCCGCCUCCAGGUAAGUGUGAUCGCGCUCGUUGCGAAAAAUUCUGAAAUCGAAAUUAUUGUAUUGGUCAUUCGUACAGUACGAAUGACCAAUAGAAAACAUUCCUUCAAAAGCUCUUUCAAUUCUUAGAGAUGGUCAUUAAUUGAUGGUUUGUGUCUUGAUUUCUAAAAAAUCGUGUGAUAUAAGCAGACUUUAAACAGCUUUUUUAGUAAUUAGGCUCGCUGCUCAUGCGACCAUCAUUCACACUUUUUAAGCGCAUCUCCAGAUAUUUUUAGCAGCUUUAAAUAAUAGCCCGCAAUAUAUCGUGAGUAGAUCAUCAAACGGGGGAAAAAUGCUUAUACAGGAAUUACUAAGGAUGAAUGUUUCCAUAUCAAGAGAUCACUAUUUUCAUGAGAUAGAGUUGAAGUACAGUUACAAAGGAAGCUCUCAAGUGGAGGUACACUGCACAUACCGUUGCCUUCCUGGAACCGAUAGAUGCUCUCUGUACAUCCCCUCAUCUAAAGACAUUAAAAUUGCUUGGGGAUGAAUAUGGAUAUUUUGCACUAUAUUGCGUUUUCUCUAAAAGGGAUCAAAAAUAGUUACCACGUACAAAUGUCUGCAACGAAGUUACAAUGUCACCUUGUUGUCUUGCAUUCCACCACAUAUUGCAUUUGUAUUGCAUCAUUAUUGAUAUGGUGUCAAGGUUAUCUCAGGAAUCUUCAAAAAAUCAUUAAAAUCUUACAAAAUCAUAUACAUUGUAUUUAUACUCGAAAUUCUUGGAAGACAAUAAUAACAAUUAUUUCGUCCUGCCCCUAAGGUAACAGGAAACAUGAGAUGUUUUAGCUAAAAUACAUGUACACAGCAGACUGAAUGUUCAAAAAAAAUUAAUGAAAGGUUAUGAAUUUUCAUUAUAUCAAGGGUCCUUUCAUAUGACUACUUUUCAAUCUGAACAUUAGAUGUGUCUUUUUAAAAAAGCAUAUCAUUCUUAGCAAGUUUGAUUUUAAAAUUUUUUAAAAAAAUAUCUGUUAACCUGGUGUGAAACACUUACACGUAUGUGUACAAAUUUAUGUAACGCAGAAAUGGAAAGGCAGUUUUAAAACUUAAAUUAUUAUUUAUAUUAUUAUUUUGAUAUUGAUUUAAGUAAUACUUUAUUGAUAGUUACCCUGCUUACUGUGGAACACUUAAAGGAGACCUACCCUUUACAGUUAGAAUGGGGAGAUAAUACCUCGCUCAAGAUCAAUGAGUAAGUGCUGAUAAUCAUUAUUGUCGCCCAUAUUAUUGUAAUAAAAAUAAUUGAUCAUUUUUGACUUUUUGUGGGUAAAUUUGUUUGUAGAACUCAGUCAAAUCUAAUGGAAUCACACAGGCAUAAAUUUAAAAUAUGCUUUCAAAAAAAAAAACAAGGAUUGUCAAGAACAAAUUUUUUUACCAGUAAUUAUAGUAACAUUGACAGUCUUAAUACAUACAGUUGUGUGAGGUAAAUGUACAUUGGAAUACUUUUUAUGCCUCAAUAUGACAAUUUCUCUUCAGACUUCCAUCUACUUUGAAAUUGAAGUUAGUUAAUAAACGAAAAUCCUCAUCAUCAUCAUCAUCAUCAUCAUCAUCAUCAUCAUUCAGCCCUUUUGGUUGGUGUACUUAGAACAAUGAUCUUAUUCCAUGCAAGGCGUUCUGACAUCUCAUUCACAGGAUCCUCCCUGUCAAUUCUGAUAUCCCUACACUUUGUCUAAAUUUGCAAAGUAUAUAAUGUGUUCUUCUUUCUUUGAGAAUAAAAAGUGAAAGGCUAUUUUCAAUCCCCUGUAUGUACCUUUUGCAGAGACCUGACCCUGACUACUGACCAUUCAAUAGCUCGUUACAUUGCCCGUUGCCAUCCCGCAUUGGGAUUGUAUGGGAGAAACCCACUUCAAGCGUCAGAGGUAAGAAUAAACUGCUGCUUGGCUAGCUUAGUUAGUAGAUUACAAUCCUGCUGAGCAGGAGGUCACAGGUUCAAACCCCAUUGUACCUAAUAAGGGUUUUUGAUCUGCUAAGAACGAGAAUGCUAAUAUCUGGCAAAGCUAAUAAAUUAGUUCAAUUAAAUUACAUGUAUUUCUAAGUUUAAGUUUAAUGUUUAAGUUUUCUAAGGUUACAGUACAUUGUAGGUGUGACAGAUCUUGCCUUAGCUCAGAUAAUCAUUUCAUUGAGUAAUACAGUAAUUGACCCAAGCAGUGUUACGAUUUCCUUGCCAAUACCUGGCAAAGCUAAUAAAUUAGUUCAUAAAGCUAAUAAAAAUAAAUUAGUUUUAAUUAGUUUAAGUUAAAUGUAUUUGUAUCAUGGCACUGAAAAGAUAAGGUCCUAGAUUGAAGAUGGUUAUCAUACUGACAUUUCACUUGUAGACACAAGUGAGUUAAUAUUAGUCAAAUCUUCAGGGGUUUUCCCAGCUGGGUAGCUAGUUUGUUACAAACUUGGUCACUGUAGUAUAUAAUGAUUCAAGUGGCUUUUUAUACUUGCAGCAAGUGAUUUGUAGCAUUUUUUUAAAUUUAGGUUGAUCAUUGGCUGGAGUUCAGUGUAAAUUCUCUGGAAAAUGCUGGUAAUAUUGAUGAUGCUCUCCAUCGCUUGAACAAAAGUCUAGCUCCAGUCGCCUUUCUUGCUGGUCAUUCUGUGACAUUAGCUGAUUUUGCAGUUUGGGGAGCUUUGAAAGGUUUGUUGAUAUUGGAGUCACUGUUUUAAUAUAAAUGAAUAAAGGCACAAACAAAUGAAUGGAUAGACAGAUAAACAGACAGACAGAUGAAUGAAGUAGCUCUACAUGUAUCUAUUUGGAAUUAUCUUGAUUCACUUUUUAGAACUACCCUCUCUUACUACCAAUAUUUUCCCCUUUUUUAUUCAGUGAGUGGCAAUGUUGAGAAGCUGAUGAAGCCUGGAAGUUCAUUUGAGCAUGUUGCUCGCUGGUUGACAUUCUGUGGAGCACAGCCACCAUUUUGCAAUGUAUCUGAGAAGAUUCCCAGUCAAAAUAGUGGCAAUAAUUCUGCCCAGUUGGGGGUAAGUGUCUUUGUGAUCAAAGAAAAGCCACUUAAAACUUGAAUAGUUCUAACAGACAGAUUCAUGUGAAUUGUUGCUUAAUUUCAAUUCAUUUUUUAGACAAAGAUGAAGUCUGAAGGAAAAUAUGUCCAACUGCCAGGUGCAUCGCAGGGUAAUGUGGUGACAAGAUUUCCACCAGAAGCUAGUGGGUAAGUCUACCUGUAACUGAUUAAUACUUUUAUUACAUGAGGGCAGCUCUGCGAGUGGACAAAAGGAGGGGAAUCCCUGUGUUCUGAUUGGCUGCCUGAACAGGGUACAUAUAUAUGUUUAAGUUACAAGUAUAACAUGUAUCACAUGUUUAACAUAAUUGCAUAUUGAUUGAUCCUCUCAAACUGAUUAAUUUCUUCUGUGCCAAAUGUGAACCUUGUCGAGUUUGGCUUAUAGUUAAGCAGUGCAUGUCUCUUGCUUCUGGGUAAAGUCCGGAUGAAAACUAAAUUACUUGUUUUACCAGUAAAUGGGCUGAAAUUUAAGUUUCUAAAGUGAUUCAAUGCCAUGAGUUUUCCUAAAGGUCAUCUCCUGGCAAACACACAUUUACAGGUGUACAAAGGUGGGUUUAGGGGGGAGGAGAGGGAGGCGAUUCACACUUUCAUCUUCAGCACCUUAAUCUCUUGACUCAAAUGUUUCCAUUUGCAGAUACCUUCAUAUUGGACAUGCCAAGGCAGCUCUGUUAAACCAGUACUACAGGAACAUGUAUGAUGGCACAAUGAUCAUGAGAUUUGAUGAUACCAACCCAGCCAAAGAAAAUGCAGAAUUUGAGAAGGUCAUUCUUGAGGAUCUGAAAAUGUUGAAAAUUGAGCCGGAUAGGUUUACGCACACUUCAGACCACUUUGACACCAUCAUGAAUUUUGCUGAGAAGAUGAUACGAGAGGGCAAGGCGUACGCUGAUGAUACUCCAGGAGAUCAGAUGAAGGAGGAGAGGGAGAAACGAGUGAAAUCCGCUAACCGCGACAACUGUGAGUAUUUUUUCAGUAUAAUAUCAAUUCUGGCACUGAUUCUUAGAGGCAAAGUGAUUGAACAAAAGAAAAAUUGUAGUGCUAGACUUGCAAUAUCGAGGUCCCUUGGUCAAGUCUUACCGUGACUGCUACAGUACAUGUAGCUGAUUUUUUUCUCGGUAGUCAUGCAUGUAAUUUCAACUCAUUGACCACACGUGUAAAUGAGCAACUGGUUUGCCUCUUGCCAGUUGAAAUUCUUAAUGCGGUUAUGUUUCCCUGGGAAGGAGAAGAUUAUUAGAUAUAUUGUUGUUGUUGUUAUUAGUAUGUUAAUUAUUAUUUACAAUAAUUUGAGAACCCACAUGAUAAUAUGAUAGAAAGUUCUGAAAAACACGUGGCAGUUCUUUAAAAGAAGUUUUAUGCAAAAGGACACUCCAAAGACGCAAUGAAAAAUAAUUACCAUGAUAGUAAAAGUUGAGAAAUGACUUCAAUAUUAUUAUUUAGGCACUUAUCAGAGAAUAAUAUUUAGUUAAUCCCCACCUUUAGACUAUUGUAUACUUUGUUAAGAUGUUGUUAAAUGACUUUAUGUAUUUUUAUCAUUGAAUUUCAGCCGUAGAGAAAAACCUUGAAGUCUGGGAACAGAUGAAGAAAGGAACAGAGUAUGGCCAGAGAUUUGCAUUGAGGGCAAAGCUUGAUUAUCAGUCUGAGAAUGGCUGUAUGAGGGAUCCUACAAUUUACAGGUGUAAACCAGAGGAACAUGUGCGUACUGGAUUGAAAUACAAGUAUGUCAGGAUUUUUUGGCUUGUGUUUUAUUCGUCAAUAUGCAAGACGAAGAUAAUUUCCUCUCCGCCCGCCUCGUCUAGCUUUUGCUAUUUGCGGGCGGAGAUGGCAAAAUGAUGUGUAUGAAAAUAAAGUAUAGUGUGUGUGUGUGUGAAUAAAUAUUAGUACCAAGUACUGCCCUGUAAACAUUACUGAAAGUAAAGUUGAAGUUAAAGUUGAACUAUUAAGGUUGUGCUCCAAGGAAACAUCCAGGAAACUUAGAACCCUUGAAACUGUGAGUCUAGGGUGGCUAACAGACAUGUUUUGUGGAAAAUGAAAACAGGCACCACUAUAGUGCCUGAGAGCCUAACCAGGUAGAGACGUCUAACAGGUAUCAAUUUCAAGAACAGUUUACCUAAAAAUCGCAGUCUCGGGGUUUUAACAGCUGUACGAUUGCAACGAUACGUUUUAUUGCCACCUCCGAUAAGAUGCUUUGUGCCAAGUACAAAAGCAGUGCCGAAUCCAGACCUUGAGAUAAGGGAAAGCCUGGUCAUCCAGACCCUUAGAUAAGGGUGGGGUGGGGGAGCCUGGUCUCCCCCAAAAAGUUUUUGCGGCUGUUCGGGCCUCAGUUUGGACCAAAAAUAAAGGGGGGGGGGGGGCAGCUCCCGCCGGGCCCCUCCCCUGGAUCCACCACUGAAAAGGAUCAGUGUUCAGCUUACAACCACAGCUGAGCUUGCAUUUUGUUUAGACAGUCAUCUAGAAUUAAUCAAGAAAAAUGAAACCAGAACAAUAAGAUGUAGAGGCUCUGUUUUUAAUAAUAAAAGAGCAUACUGUGGGAUUUUAUUGGAUAGCUGAAGUUUUUCACAUUCCUGAUUUUUUGUUUUAAAAGGGUUUAUCCUACAUAUGACUUUGCUUGUCCCAUUGUGGACAGCAUUGAAGGAGUAACACAUGCGCUAAGAACUACAGAGUACCAUGACCGCGACCCUCAGUAUUACUGGUUUAUUGAACAACUGGGUGAGUUGAUCUUUCUUAAUCCAAUAAGUAAGGUACGCUGUAUAGUACUGUGCAAGGUAAGGGUCCACGAUAGCAUUGUGUGUCCCACGUGGCUGAGAAAGCUUUUUUCCUGACUUGCUGGUCAAUUUUAGGUUGACCCUCAAUCACACAUCAUGGAGGCGUGUGUGGCUGAGUGGUUAACACCUCAAACUCUGGAUCUGGAGGUCCUGGGCUCAAGCCUUGCCCAUCAUGUUGUUUCCUUAGACAAGGAACUUUACUCCACUUUGUCUCUCUUCACCCAGGUGUAUAAAUGGGUACUGGCAACAUACUGCUGGGGGGUAACCCUGCGAUGGACUAGCAUCCCAUCCAGGGGGGAUAGCGAUACUCCUAGGUGCCCCAUGCUAAUGAAACCGGGGAUAAGCUCCAGCUGAUUGGGCCUUUGGCUCGUGUGCGCUCGUGUGCCUUUACCUUACCUUACCUUUUAUCACACAUCACAGGCACAUUUUACUACAUGUCAGGUUAAGUGUUGCAAUACUUACAACGUAACUGUGUUGGCAGACAUUGCUUGAAUUUUCUGAGGCAUUAUUAUACAUCUUGUGUUAGACUUUUGCAAAAGUCCUUUGGCCUAGCUAGUAUGGUCUCUCACUUUUAUACAUCCUUUUUGCUGUGAAAGAAGUCAUCUUCUUGCAAGUCUAAUCUGUAUGGAUUUAUGAUAACUGUCACGAGUUCCAUGCCCCCUUUAACUUUUCUGCAACAACUCAAAUGGAACUACCCCUCCCCCCCCUCCCCACCCCCACCAGGCUAAUCGGAUGACUCUCAUCGCAUUCGUUAAUACAAUGCAUGACUGUUUCAAAUUUUUUUGAUAGGUAUCAGAAGGCCAUAUAUUUAUGAAUUUAGCCGCUUGACUCUUGUGAACACAGUGAUGUCCAAAAGAAAACUCACUUAUCUUGUAGAUCAAGGCUACGUUGAAGGAUGGUAAGUAGUGAAUUGUUCAAAAAUUCUUAUCUUCCAUUAAGUGAAUCUUGAAUUAUAAUAAGUACUACUACUACUACUACUACUACUACCACUACCACUACCACUGUACCACUACUAAUACUAACAGUACAGUACGUCCCUUUCUCUGUGAAUCUCACUCAGUUUGCCAAAUACUCCUGUAUGAUUGUAAACUUGAGCCGAGAAGAGAAAGGAGAGUAAACUGCCUGUUACCGAUUCAUUCAGUGCGCAUGUUCCAUCGUCUGAAUGAAAGUUGGCAAGGCAACAAGUUAAAAUACGUGAAGCAAGAUUUGCUUUGACAUAAGUUGCUAUACAGCGGUUUUCGUUAUGACUUUGAAGACACAUAUUCUCCAAAUGUUGAAUGGUUGUUAUUAUUAGCACUAGUGGAAAAGAUCACAGUAAACUUUACGUUUUUCCUGCUUAUAUUCCUGCAAGCAACUACCAACGAGUAAUUUCUUAAAACUUGUGCGACAACCUUGCCUAUUUAACCUCAGAAUUCUUCGCUUCUCUUUCUUCCUUAAUAUAUUCCUGUGAGCAUCAAGCAACGAGCAAGUACUUCUCUUACAAUUUGAGCAACAAACUCGCUUUUCAUACCCCGUCACUAUUCAAACGAAAUUGUUUGUCUAUUUUCUUACACGAAUGACAGGGAUGAUCCCAGAUUCCCAACAGUUCGUGGAGUUUUGAGGCGUGGAAUGACUGUAGAAGGAUUGAGGGAAUUCAUCGUGUUACAGGUAGGGCCAAAUUACGGAACCUCCUUUGAAUUUGACAUUCUGUUGCGGCCGAUGAAGGGAUUUUUUUUGUUCCACAAAGUAAUAAUAAAACUUCUCUUUAGCCUCAAUUGAGGCUUGAAGAAAUGGUAUUCGUGCAGUUGCUUCGUUUUGCAUUGCUUCGCUUUUUGAUUUAUUUUUGAUUGGUCAAAGGAAGAUCCCAAGUUCUUUUUUAACGAACUAGACUAAAACAAGAGCCAACUGCAAGAAACACCAGCGCGCGCAACAAAGGAGCCUUUUUUGACUGGUCUUCAAAACCAAUCUGAAAUUUAAUUGGCUAAUCCACCGAAGUGUUGUCAAUUUCGCUUAAAGCGCGGGAGGAUCGAUACGCGCUUUCCAGCGCUUAUCAUCGCUUACGUGAAUUUGUCUCGGACAGAAAUUUCAUACUGAUGACGUAAAAUCUGUCCGGAAUCUGGUCAGGGGCUCUGAUUGGUCCACGCAGUAGUCGCUCUUGGCGAAACGUCCCUUGCGGCGAUUGGCGAAGAGAAACGUCUGUUUUGUCAGGCUACUAACUUAAGUCCCAAACGUAAAAUCCACUCUAGGGACGAAUCACAGUUUGUGUCUAGUCAAGGUAACAGAGUCUACUACUUAUUGGUAAAAUCCAACUAGUGGUCUAUUAUCAAUGCUGCGUUCUGAUUGGUUGAGCUACUACGAGGCUAUAUGCUAUAGCCCACCAGUAGCGAAAAGCGCCGGCUUUGAAAACCAAAACAAUGGCGGCUGAAUCGCGUUUUGCUAGCUAAAGUUGUUUGUCUCGAUAUUUUUGAUCACCUAGUUGGAUUUUACUAAAACAAUUAUUCCUCUCGCCCUCAUGACCUCUGCGUCAAUGGCCCAAGAGCCCAUUCGGGCUCGAGGAAUAAUUGUUAAAUAAUAUAAAUUUUCUUAUCUCUCCAUCAGGGUUCAUCAAAGGCAAAUGUUCACAUGGAGUGGGACAAAAUUUGGGCCCUCAACAAAAAGGUUUGCAACUGUUGAGAUUAGUUUUUCAGUGUGCGUGGCAUUCGUUUCAUGGAUCUUGUUUUUGUUUCAUAGGUCAUCGAUCCAGUGGCUCCGAGAUACACGGCUCUUCAGAAAGAUGAAAUGGUUCCCAUCGUCAUUCCUGAAGCCACGGAGGAAGUGAAAGAAUGUCCGUUGCAUCCUAAGGUUUGUUUGAUUAAUCAAGGCUCUUAUUUUAGUUCACUCUUGAGGAAACAGGAAGGGCGAAAGAAGAAGAAAGAAAAAAGAUACCUCGACGCUUUUGUCAGUACAAGUGCUGUUUUGCACGUUGCACAUGCGUUGAGAGACAAAACGUGCAACGUGCAAAACUUGGUGCAAAUUAACUUUUUGGUUCGUAAAGGGGAUGUUACACGAUACGAUUCGCAACCACGAUUUUUAGCGCAGCACAGCGUUGCAAUGUUGGAACAAUGUUGUCACUAUACCAAACAACAUCGUAACAAUGUUGCAACGCUGUGUUGCGCUAACAGUUGUUGUUGCGAAUCGUCUCAUGUACUGCACGGGACGAAUUUUCGACCGGUUUAAAAUUCGUGCGUUUAGGUGUUCCGUUUACACGGAACCAAUUUAACUCGUGCGAAAAUUUAGACGCUUAGCCGUUUAAAGUUCCGUGUGAACAUAACGAAAAUAUUAAACAGCUCCGUGUGAACGUAUUGUCCGGUCAGGUAUUUCAGCUGGUCGAAAAUUCGUGUGAAGGGGCUACGUUGCCUUAGUUAGAUUGUUUUCUUUGAAGAGCAAAACGUGCUUUCAACCUGAAUAUUAUUUUCAUUGACAGAACCCAAGCGUUGGAGAUAAAGAAGUUUGGUAUGGUCCCAAAGUUUACAUUGAAGGCGCGGAUGCUGUCACGCUAUCUGUAGGCGAAAUGGUCACGCUGAUGAAUUGGGGAAACGUCAAAAUCACUAAGAUCAACAAGUGAGCUAAAAGAAUUAUUAAUCUUCUUUUCUCGUAGUAAGGUUUCCCUUUUGAUUCUGUGAAAAUUCGGUUACUUGUUAGUUUUUCCAGUUUGGUCAAGAAAUUGUCUAAUAGGACUGAAUUGCUCAAUAGUAAAAUAAGCUGGGACGACUGCUUUGUGGAGGGAUGGAGUUGAUAGUCUUGAUCAUUUCACGUUCCAGUUCUGCAGCGACGGACAAAGAAAUAAUAUAUUCCAGAAUGUAAUAGCACGUACGCACGACUUUUUCCGUUUCUCGCUACCUUGGAGUCUUGGUCGUUCCUUCUUCGCCAUAGCAUGUUUAUAGUCACUUAUACCCCAUAGCUGUUAUUAAUUUUGAUGGCAUUUUUUGUAGAACCCCUUCUGGAGGUGUAAAAUCGUUGGAAGCUGAGCUUCAUCUCGAUAACAAGGUACUUAAGGCGAAGGUUUAUGAAUACGGAGUUUACAUGCCUGUUCACUUCUUUUAGAGGUAGAAAUUAAAAGACAACUCUUGUUUGUAAGACUAAGAACCCCUGGAUAUGGUCCCUAGGAAAUCAACUUCAGGUGGGUUCGACUACAUUUGACAAAGUAAGUGGGAAGGAAUAAUCGCGAUAAAGACUAAAAGAGCGCAAAUUGACUUUUUAAGCGAGGUUCUCAUUGCCGUUGCGUCGUUGGAUCUUAAAGCCCCUGAUUGUGUAGUGGAGAAGUUAUUUUUUCAAUCAAAGGGUCGCAUGCACCCAUGGAGAAAAUUAUUGACGUGACAAAAAAAAACAAGUUUUCGACUGGAACGAUGCAUCUCAUUAGGGUCAUGAAGCUAAACUAGCGCGCCGCACAUAUACUGUACCUCGAAACAUAAACAAGUGCUAUAUAUGUAAUAUACCUUACACAAACCUACAAAAUGAUAUUUGAACACCAAGAGAGAGGCAUAAAUGUAUUCUCCAAGGGAUAUUGUCAUUGGAUUUAAGGCGGUAUUUCCCAAGUAACUCGUUACUUUCAAUUCUCUUCUCUCCUUUUCACCAGUUCUCAUCUAAUUUAUAUUCCCCUCUAGGAUUUUAAGAAGACUACUAAACUUACAUGGUUAGCGGAAUCGUCCAAAGCUUCACUUCUCCCGACGAUUACAGUCCAUUUUGAUAACGUCAUUAGCAAGGCCGUGCUUACUAAAACUGAUGACUUUAAAAACUACAUCAACAAGGAUUCUAAAGUAGGAAGUUAUUUCGUUUGCGUUAUUGUUCUAAUUUAACUUGUCCGAAAUCACCCGUCAAUGAAAGAAGUGUUUCUUGAAUGGUCGCUCCAUAGGAUUUCAUCCACAGACGAAAGGAUUGAACUUAACAAUACAAUUCGGUACUACUUGUCGAUAGCUUUCUUUAGAAAAGUCACACUUUAAGAUUUCGUUCGCAUAUAUGAAUCACGGCUCAGUAGCUUUGAAUUGAAUAGCCACAACAUAGGAUUUCAUCCACAGACCCAAAAGUUAGAACCAUCUUGUACAGCAUAAUAAACAGUACCACAGGAAAGUACUGCUCAGUAGCUUUCAGUUGAAUGGUCACACCAUAGGAUUUCAUCCACAGACUCAAAAGUUAGAACCACCUUGUACAGCAUUAUAUACAGUACCACAGGAAAGUACUGCUCAGUAGCUUUCAUUUGAAUGGUCACACCAUAGGAUUUCAUCCACAGACUCAAAAGUUUAAACCACCUUGUACAGCAUAAUAAACAGUAUCACAGGAAAGUACUGGUCAGUAGCUUUCAUUUGAAUGGUCACACCAUAGGAUUUCAUCCACAGACUCAAAAGUUAGAACCACCUUGUACAGCAUAAUAAACAGUACCACAGGAAAGUACUGCUCAGUAGCUUUUAGUGGUUGCACUUAAGGAGUUCAUCCAAAGACUAAAAAGUUAGAAGCACCUUCUAGAGUGCAGCAAACAUUGCCUCAACAUCACAGCAAAGAAGCAAAGGUAGCAAUGCGAGGAAUGAACUUCUAAACUGUCCUUUUUUUCUUUUCAGCAAGAAAUAGAAAUGGUUGGGGAUCCUGCGAUGGCGUCCCUAAAGAAGGGAGAUAUUAUCCAGCUUCAGCGACGAGGUUACUUUAUAUGUGAUCAACCGUACGAGCCUCCAAGGUAGGGAUCAUUAUACGUUUUUGGGAAUCUGCCCACCUACCCCUCCCCUAAGCCAACAUUUUGCCCUAAGUGAGACGUAAGUGUUACAAUGCUGGCUUAGGGGAGGGGUAGGUUGGCAGUAUUUAGUACUUUUGUGUUUUUAAAGGAUUUAUACUACUACAUGAGAAAUUACUGCAAUUUGAUUGGCUGAGAGCAGUGGUAUUUGAGCUUAAUUUGAAAUACCUACAUGUGAAAAUUACAAACCUUUUGUGGGUAGUAGUAUAAACAAAUAAUAGCAUUAUUUGUACGUGAUAUUUGGCAUAAAUACCACUCGUAAUAUUUCAAAAUUGUCUCAAAUUUCACUCGCGUAACGGCUCGUGAAAUUACGUAUAACAAUUUUGAAAUAUCACUCGUGGUCUUUAUACCAAAUAUCACUACAAAUCAUGCUUUUACCUACACUAAUUUAUUAAUGUUAUUUUAAGGGACCCUUUCUCAAGAAAGGAGGCCCCCAAAAGGUAUUUGAACUUACUGGUACAGAGUGUUCCAUGCCAAAACGAACGUUUGCUGACGCUUUGCCGCCAUUUUGGAACAUUCUGGGCCACUGAAAAAGCCUAGGCUCGAAUUACUGAAGAAUCCCGGAUGUUUGUCUGGUGAAAUAUCUCAAACGAAGAAGAGAAAGACAAUUAAGAUCGUAAGAGUCUAUAAAAGUUCAGAGUAAGUUUAUAGAGCGGCCGUCAAAUCAGUAUUUUUGUCAGUGAUGUUUUCGAAUACUUUUUAUUUCAAAAAAAUAGUACUUAUCAUUGUGUCUAUUUUUUUGCGUCCCAGUUGACGCAAAAUGGUUUGUUAUCUUCUUCACAACUCCACAGCAGCAUUUUGUGUAUAGUUAAAUGCACUAAUUAAUGACCUCAGUACAGAAUUGACCUAAAACAGGAGCAUCCUCUUGACACAUCCUCUGUAACCUCCAGCUCUUGGUUUCAAAACCCCUGAUAUUGACGUGUUUAUUCAUUUUAGUCGGUAUACAGGCCGUGAGUGUCCUGUGGUUUUGUUCUCUGUCCCCGACGGUCAUACCAAGCCGUCACCAACAGCUGGCAACAAAGCUAAGGUGAGUCACCGAGCACGGCGUGGUUACGUGACACAGAGUAGUAUUGCGUGACAGCCGCAAGCGAGUUUUUCAUGAUAGUGUGACGUCACGUGAUUCCCUUUUUGAUCCAACAUAGGAUUAGCCGAAUAUUUCAUAAAUCAUUCGACCCUGCUAUGUAUUAGCUCUUGUGUUAAAAUGAUUGAAAAGUCAUAGCCAUGUUGUGUGGUUAAUGUGAUCCAAAGACAAGAAGAAUCUCUGUUGGUGUUAGUAGGUUGGUCAAGUAUUAAUGUAAAAACGCUUUUCAUGGCGAAAUAGCUUGCACAGACUAGUGAUUUGUAAAGCCAUGAUGUCCUUGGAAUAGCGCUGACUUUCCUGCACAAAGCGGGAGCAACUUAUUCGAACGCUUGGUACCCAUGUAUUCCAAUCUCCAUCAGUACAAUGUUUGUGACCGAUUACCAUGUCUUAUUGAAACAUUUUAGCAUGUUUAAUAUCAGUUGUCGUAAUAAAGAUUUAUCUUCGCCAGCUGUUGCCUCUUUCCCUGUCUAUUUUUGGGCAUCAUUUGAUUUUAUCAUCAGGGACCCGUGAUAACGUUAAAAUCGUAUUGCUGGACCGCAGUAUUUCCACAGUAUAAUGUAUUGACAAUAAAAAUACGUUACAUUUUAAGUCUAUGAGGCCUUUGUCACAACCAAAUAUAAAUGCGGGACGUCUUACAACCAAAAUUAGGAGCUUGUGUCAAAUAAUGUUGAACUUAUCUCGCCAAUUAAGAACAUGUACUAUUGUAGUUUUGAAUCAAUCAACUUCCGGUACGAUUUCAAGCAGGCGUACACUUCCGGUUUGACCGAAAGAGACUGAACCCUACUGUUUUGUUUUAUCCACGUGUCCAAGAACGUUUUCCCCAAGAGAGGGUCAAGAAUUCCUCGGAAAUUAGGUAUUUUUGAAAAGUAUUUAUUCGAUUUUAAUGAAGUGUAUUGAUACCAGGGAUAGCAUUUGAAAUUCAUAAAAUUUCAGUAAGAUUUAAAGACGAAACUAAUCGAGUAAAAAAUAGCUUCAUGUUUUACGAUCGAUUGCUAUGGGUUCGAGACAAAAACAACAGUGUUGUUAAGUUUGGUGAUGAUUUCGUUCAAGCAGAGCGAAACGGACAUUUUGUGAAUGGCGUUGAGUUCAUCCGUUUUCGUUGCCACUUAAGUCAGAGGAGUAUUUUGUAGUUUGAAGAGAUUCGUAUGAAAAUGAUUUAUUUUCGUUUUGGCCUUGCGUGACUGUUGCACGUGAAUGGUUUCCCCUUUUCGAUCUCACUACCGGUGGGUUUUAUUUCAGGAGUAGAUGUCAAACUUAAGUUUGUUUCUUUGUGUCACAUUCUUUUAAACAUUCCAGUGGGUAAAGAAACUAUUAAGUCAAAAUAUAUCUUAAAAUUCCGUUACCGGUCGUUUAGAUACAAGUUUAUUCAUUCGAGGUGUAAAUAGUUCCCCGUACUUGACUUGGAGAACGAAGAUAUUCACCCUAAACGUUUUUCCUGUUCACUCGCAAACUACACUUAAAGUAAACACAUCUUUGGGGAAAUUUCACUGCUUGAGUUUGCAUCGAAACGACCGGUUUCCUUCAAUCCUAAAAUUCCCUUGGAUGAUCACACAGGAAUCUGAAGGACACAAAAAGAACGAGAGUAAAAAGAAGGAGAAGGGAAAUAAAAACAACCAACCACCCAUGAAUGGAACAGAAGCUGCCAAGCCAACAGCAUCAACUGAACAGGUGGAGAAACUGAAAGCAGAAAUCACUGCACAAGGAGAUAAAGUUCGUGGCCUCAAAACUAGUGGUGCUGCUAAGGUUUGUUAUUGAUUAAGGAAAUGACUACAAUGUUAACUCAGUGUGCUGUCUCUGUCAUUACAAUCAUCAUCACAUCAUCAUCAUCUGCCAACAUCACCAUUGUCAUCCUAAUUACAGUCGAAGCUCUCGCUUACGAGAGCCUCAGGAACUCAUUAAUAAUUCCUAAAGAAAAAACAAAAGAAAAUAAUUUUUAAUGAGUGUCUUCAUAUCUGAUAUAGACAUGGCUGAGGUGUACUUCCAAUUUUUUAGACAAAAAUAACCCCAAACUUAAAUAUUAGUGCAAGAAUGAGUUGAAUGGCAGCUUACGAGAGCUUAAAAACAAUAGAAAAGUCCAGUUGGGUUAUCCCAAGAGUGGUUGCCAUCUCUUACGAGAGCUUUUCAUUACAAAGUUUAAGUCACAGUUCCAACGGGGUUUCACAAAGGUGAUCGUAACUAGAGCUGGUCACUUAUGAGAGUGGUUGCAUGGAGAGCUUUGACUGUUUUAACAUAAUUAUUUCAUCACUCUUUACGUAAUAAUAUUUUUAUUGGAUUUUUGCUGGGUAAAUGUAAAUUUAUGGUAAUUCCAUGACCAAGCUUAUAAACAUAAUUAAAUGUCUGCGAAGGAAAUUCCUUGUUUUGAAUUAGCAUAACAAAAAGUAAGUAUUUGUGGAAUUUAUUCUGUUGCGAUGACUUGUAGUUGGAUGAAAAUUCCAGCUGUCAAUUUUCAGGUAUAUGAUGGAUGAUUGUCUUUUGUUUUGUGCUUUUAUAGGAGGAAAUUGAUGCAGCUGUGGCUGAGCUUUUGAAACUGAAGGCUGACUAUAGAACCCUGACAGGAGAAGAUCUUGCUGGUGGCGGUUCAAAAGGCAAGAAAGACAAAAAGAAAGAAGCAGGGAAUAAAACUGAAAAGAAAGAUGCUAAACCUUCUACAAAGCAGGCGAAGAUGACACAAGCUGCCAAAGUAGAGAAUGGAGAAGGGGAAAGUGCAGUGAAAAAAGUCACCAGGUGUGAUAUUGGUUCUAAGGCCUGGUUCAGAUGCCGUUCUUUUCAUGAGCCGAACCUAAUACGUUGAAUUAAGUACAUGAAAAGUUUGGUGUGUAAAUCAAUUAGGAACGCCUGUUUCACUUUGGAACGGCUCGAUCAGCUGUUCUUUUUGCCUAGCCCGGCCGAAAAUUUCGCCUUUGGAUCGACUUUGGAACACCUUUGAUUCAGACACCGAACUUUUCACGUAGCGAACCUAAUGCAUAAAUCCUUAUAACAUGUUUUGUGAGCAGUUUGACGGAAAUGCACAUUUUUCGCCUUCUGAAUUCAGUUCGGCUGGAAUUAAGAUCGGCAUCUGAAUUAAUUUAGCUGGUCUAAAUAAUUUGGGUCAGUCCUAAUUCGAAUUAGGUUCGGCUCGUGAAAAGUUCGGCGUCUGAACCGGGCCUUACUUGGAAAUCUUUAGAGGAUUUCAUGUAGUUGUUGGAAUUUUUUCUCAUAAUCUAGGUGUUUUUAGAAAAUAUACACCACCUAACCAAACUAUUCACUCUCCUUUCAUCUCAUUUCACUUCAAAAAAAAAGAAGAAGGAGAGAAAAGAAUAUGUCAAUAUAACAUUAACAUAUUCAUUAUGUUCAUCAUUCCCAGACCAUUCUACCCUUUGCUAUGGUAAGAUGAUUAAUUUUGUCAUUCUAAUUUUUAUGAAAUCCUGUGGUGUCACCAUGGAAAUGAACCUCUGGCACAAUGUUUGCUCUUGACUCUUUAAAUAUUAAGAUUUUACAAGCAAAAAUGAAUGUUUUUUAAAUUUUCCAUUGUGGCAACUAUCAGGAUUGAAAGAAUUUAUUAAAAAUAGAUUAAGAAUAUGUGGUGCUGCAGAGUUCUCAUUAAGCGCUGGUAAGGGGCUAAAAAACCGGCUACUCUGAGGUCUGAGCCGUCUACUUUUGGGGGAAAAUGGGUGAAUUGAGGGAGUGAAAGCCUCAAGUUGCCUGCAGCAAACCAAGUACUUUUACAUCCUUCCUGUCCAUGGUUGUAAAAAGUAGCCAGCUGCCAGCGAAAAUUGCCGCCUACUUGGAUAGGCUACUGUGAUUGGCAUUUCUUCAUGGAUGGCGUUUUUUAAAUAAAACAUCCCUGGACUGGCUGCUUACUUUGACAAAUCAGCCGUCUACUUCAAAGCUUUCUGAUAACCCUGCCUGUCUGCUUUAAAACUUAAUGAGAACCCCAGGUACAGUAUAGGUGGAUAGGUUGAACAUUUGUCUGGGUGGUGCUUCUAAGUUUUGUUUUAAGAGUAUUUCAACUUAAGAGUUCUUUUUUCAUCUUCCGAGGUGAGCUGAGGCUUUAUUUUUUAUUUAUCUUAAUUUUAGGCUGGGACUGGAAGCUAAAAAGGAAGAAAACUUAAGUGACUGGUUUUCACAGGUGCAUGAUUUUCUAUGAAUAAAUACCUAAUAGCUUUUUUAAUUUAAUAGGAUUAUCAUUAAUAGUGUUUUCUGUAAUUGUGUGGAGGCAGGGUGGAGGUGGUUGUCAUUUUGAAAGGUAUUAAAUGUCUAGCAUUCACAGCCACCUUGCAUGAAGUGACUAUCAUGCAAGAUGAUGUCAUUUUACUACUACAGCCAGAAUCUUUCAGGGCUUUGCUUGUACAAAUUGGGGCUUUUCUAAUUUAUACCUCACUAUGGGUACCAAAUUUACUGGUGAAAGGAAAACCUGAAAGGAUUCUGGUCAAAGUAGUAAAAUCAUGCCAUCGCGCAAAUGGCAUAGUGUUAAUAUUGUAGAAGUUAAUGUAACCAUGUGUUAUUGUAUUUUCAAAAAGUAGUUUUCAUAGGAUACUGAAGUUAAAUAGCUUAACCCUUGCUGCCAAUAUGAUUAGUCCAAUGACUUAAACAUUUUUGAAAGUUUAUUAGUGUUGUAAUAAUCUUGUGGUUGGUUAUUUUCAGGUUAUUACAAAGUCUGAAAUGAUUGAGUAUUAUGAUGUUAGUGGAUGCUAUAUUUUGAGACCGUGGUCUUACGCUAUUUGGGAGAGAAUAAAAGGUAUGAUUCAAUUGAAACUAUAUUAAUUUUACAACCCAUCUAAAUCUUCAUGUACAGUAUUUCACAAAGUUGAAUUUACUUGAUAUUCUUACGUAAAUUAUAGUGUAUUUUUUAAAAAUAAUGAGCAGCAAACCACUUCAUCCUCUUGUGAUCUGCCAGAAAAAUAUUAUCUUGCUUUUUAAAAAAGAUAAAAUAGGGCAAUGCACUGAUUGUCAAAUGUACCUUCUAGCUAAUUGUAUGCUGCUUUCUUUACUUGUUAAUUAGAUGUGAAGUUUAUCUUGUCUUUUUUUUUUUUAUCUUUUCAGAUUUUUUUGAUGAAGAAAUAAAAAAGCUUGGAGUCGAAAAUGUUUACUUUCCAAUGUUUGUGUCUCAGGCAGCACUGGAGAAAGAAAAAACACAUAUUGCAGACUUUGCUCCAGAGGUAAUGUUUGGUGUGAUGUGUCGACCUUUCAACCGAAAUAUAUUAUUGAAAAACAGCUAACUUCUUUUUUCUAAAGUCACUGCUUGAGCAGUAACUUCUCUUUCUAAAAUCAUUGCCUGAGCUAGCGAGUCAGUACACUGUAAGGGAAUAGUUUGUGCUUGAGGCAUUGCCGGGGAGAAACGAGAAGAGGAAAAAAAAGGCAGGGAGAGCAAAUGGAGGGAAAGAAGAUGCCCUUCUCCUCCUGAAUCUUUAGUGCUCUCAAAUCUCUUUUCCCCCAAUGUCUAAAUCCAGCCUGAUACACAUUAAAAGGAAAUGUCUACCAAAGAGAUAAUGUCUUGAUUCUGAAACAAAAGCUCCUUGUUAGUACUGCAGGAAAUGUUUUGCAAGUGGUAUAGAGAUAGUGUGUUUUUUUCUUCAGGGCUUAAAGGAGUUUCCUUCCUGGAAUUUUAUCAUUAUGUAUCUUCCAGACAUUUUUUGUUCUAAUCUUUGUACUUAUUUUUUUUGUUUUUCAUUGCUUUUACCAUGGCAGGUUGCUUGGGUAACAAGGUCAGGCCAGUCUGAGUUAGCAGAACCAAUAGCAAUCAGACCGACCAGUGAGACUGGUAAGAUGGAACUGAUUCCUUCGAAAUUCACUGUUCACAGGGUUGUUUCAAGCUUUAUGUUUUCACAGCUUUCAACAAUGGGGUUUACAGCUGUAAAUGAGAGACUACCAACUUAGUAGACCAAUCAAGUCAAAAACUAGUGCUUAAAGCAGUAAGAACUUUGCUAACUUCCAGACAUUUGUUCUUUUUUGCUUGUUCAGUUAUGUAUCCAGCCUAUGCAAAAUGGAUUAAAUCACACAGAGAUCUCCCGCUAAAACUAAAUCAGUGGAAUAAUGUUGUGGUAUGUAGAAGAACCUUUUUAACUGUUUAGAUAAAGGGCUACUUGUUUGAUCGUUUUCUUAUCCUUAAGCUUUGCAACAGUCAUAGCUCCUCAGUUAUAUGUCUUCCCCAACUCCUUCCCUAGGCAAUUGUAGUUUGUUUCCUCUUGUAAUAUCGUGAUACUACUAUUUCUUUUGCAGUGGUACUCCUCAUAGUGAUUUUGGGACUUCCCCUCUUCCAAUUGCAGUGCUUCAGUGUAUUAGAAUGAAAAUUGCUGUCUUGGUUGUCUAGGGACCUUCCAAUAGGGAACUUAAGCAAUCACAAUAGCAAUGGUAGCAAGGGUGGCAAAAAGGCUAUAGGUCUGGAUUGGCAAAAAAACAACUUUGCAUGUGCGUCACACUUCUCUCCCAUUAUUACACUACAACGAUGUAAAAUGUCCUAAUUUCAAGUUUUAUUGACAAUGGUUUUCUUUUUCUUUUUCCUUUUGUGGGCUUAUAUUUAGUCUUAUAGCAUUCAACUCCAGAAAACUAUUGGUAACAUUUGACAAAUGAAAUUGAGUUAGAGGGAAUAAGAGCGAUGAAUUUGAAACAGUGCAAAUUCACUUUUUAAGUGAUGUUUUCACCACCAUUGUCACUGUGGUUACUUAACUUCCCUAUUUUGAUAAUGCCACCUAAAAGCCUGUAGCCUGUUUUCGUUACUACUAAAAUUUAUUCUAUUCUUUGCCUCUUGCUUACAGGUCUAGUACUUUGCUCCUAGUUUAGGUUGUAUUUAAAUUGUCUGUUUCCUUUGUUAUAUUGUUAUAGAGAUGGGAGUUCAAACAUCCCCAACCAUUUCUAAGAACAAGAGAGUUCCUUUGGCAAGAAGGACAUUCUGCCUUUGCAUCUUAUGAUGAAGCAGUUGAGGAGGUAAAGAUAGAAAAAAUAAAAUUGUGCAUGGCCAGAGAAGCCUGCAAUCCUAAUCUCUAGGCUACUAUUACGCCUGCGUGGCACGUACAAUGUAUGUAGCAUUUGCUUGGACUUGCGCUAAGCAUGAACUGAAUGUAUAGAAUGCAAUCGGGUCCCACGUUUGAGCCUUCUAUCUCUUGAAACUAAUUCAAAGCAGAGUGUUGGAGGAGAAGCAUUUGUAUUGACCUCACUCUCACUGCCUGAUGAUCCCUAAUCUUUGGUUAAAUUAUAACUAUUUAUUGGUGACAUCAUAGGUUGUUGUCCACAAACCUCUAAUGUUAGGAUUACAUGACCGGUCAAUUAUGUCUAUCUUCCUAAUUGAGUUUAUGCACUAAAGGGUUUCAAUGUAUGAUUUUCUUCUACUUCUCUCAGGUUUACACCAUUUUAGAUCUGUACCGGCAAGUCUACACCGAUCUCCUUGCGAUUCCAGUAGUGAAGGGUAGAAAAACUGAAAAAGAGAAAUUUGCUGGUGGAGACUUCACGACAACAGUGGAAAUUUACAUUGCAGCCAGUGGACGUGGAAUUCAGGUUCCCAUUUCACCUUUCCAUUUUUUAUUGCUGUGAUCAAGUCCUUGUUAAUAAAUUUUUGCCUUCACUAUUUAUGCUCAGCCUUCACAAAUCAAGCCACAAAAGCCACAGCUUUAAUAAUUUCAGUCAACUAUUUCAUUUGGAGAUAUUCCAUUUUAAACCCUGAAAAUUUCCCAGUUGCCUCAUUGGCGUCUUUAACUUUCAACAGACCUGCAGUUUUUGAUGGCUAAUAUUAUGUUCUUAAAUCUCACUUUCAAAGGGCUCAAAAUAACACAGAAUAUUACGGUUAACCACGUCUUUUCAGCUUUUCAAUUUUUACUGUAACUCUUUCUAUGGGUGAGUAAGUUGUUGGGAAGUUAAAAGGUAAUCCAUGUCAUUAUAACUAAAUGGGUGAUUUAACUGAUUAGGGUCAUCACUUGGGUGACUAGGGUGACUUGGGUGGCCUGUGAGACUUGGUGACUAGGGUGACUUGGGUGAUUUGGGUGACCUCGGUGACUAGGAUGACUUGGGUGACGAGGGUGACUAGAGUGACUUGGGUACCUGAUAUCUACCUCUAUAACUAGUAAACCACUCAACGAUUUUAAGCUAGAAUUAUGCACACAAGGGUGAACCUAGGGUGACUUGGGUGACUUGGAUGACUAGGGUGACCUGGGUGACAAGGAUGACUUGGGUGACUAGAGUGACUAGGGUGACUUGGGUGACUAGGGCAACUAGGGUGACUUGGGUGACGUGACUAGGGUGUAACUGGGGUGAAUUGGGUGACUAGGGUGACUUGGAUGACUAGGGUGACCUGCGUGACAAGGAUGACUUAGGUGACUUGGGUGACUAGAGUGACGAGGGUGACUUGGGUGACUACAGUGACUAGGGUGUAACUAGGGUCAUGAGGGUGACUAGGGUGACCAGGGUGACUAAGUUGACUAGAGUGAUUAGGACGACUAGGGUAACUUUGGUGAGUAGGGUAACUUGUAUGACUAGGGUGACUAGGGUGACUUGGGUGACCAGGCUGACCAGAGUGACUAGGAUGACUUAGGUGACUUGGGUGACUACGGUGACUAUGGUGAAAAGGGGGGACUAGCGAGACUAGGGUGACUAGGGUGAUUAGGGUGACUUGGGUGACCUGGGUGACUUGGGUGACUAGGGUGACUAGGGUGGCCACGGUGACUUGGGUGACUGGGGUGACAAGGGUGACUAGGGUAACUUGGGUGACUACGGUGACUUGGGUGACCAGGGUGACUAAGGUGACUAGAGUGAUUAGGAAGACUAGGGUGACUUUCUUGACUAGAGUGACUUUGGUGACUAGGGUGCCUUGCGUGACUAGGGUGACUUGGGUGCCUGACCAGGAUGAUAAGAGUGACUUAGGUGACUAGGGUGACUAGGGUAACUUGUAUGACUAGGGUGACUUGGGUAACUAGGCUGACGAGGCUGGCUAGAGUGACAAGGUUGACUUGGGUGACUAGGGUGCCUAGGGUGACUAGGUGACAAGGGUGACGAGAGUGACUUGGGAGCCUUGGGUGACUAGGCUAACUAGGCUGACUACAGUGUCUAGGAUGACUUGGGUGACUAGGGUGACUAGAGUGACUAGAGUGCUUCGGCGACUAAGGUGACUUGGGUGACCUGGGUGACUAGGCUGACUAGGGUGAGUUGGGUGACUACGGUGACUUGGGUGACUAGUGUGAGUUGGGUGACUACGGUGACUUGGGUCACUAGGGUGACUAGGGUGACUUGCAUGACCCGCGAGACCGGGGUGACCAGGGUGACUUAGGUGACUAGGGUGAUUAGGGUGACUUCGGUGACAAGGGUGACUGGGGUGAGUUGAGUGACAUGGGUGACUAGGGUGAGUUAGGUGACAAGAAGGACUAGGAUGACUUGAGUGACUAGGUGACUAGGGUGAGAUGGGUGACUAGGGUAACUUGAAUGACUACGGUGACUUCGGUGACUUUCAUGACUUGCCAUCCCAGGCAUUCCCGGGUGACUAGGGUGACUUAGGUGACUAGGGUGAUUAGGGUGACUUCGGUGACUAGGGUGACUGGGGUGACUUGAGUGACAUGGGUGACUAGGGUGAGUUAGGUGACAAGAAGGACUAGGGUGACUUGAGUGACUAGGUGACUAGGGUGACUUGGGUGAUGUGACUAGGGUGUAACUGGGGUGAAUUGGGUGACGAGGGUGACUUGGAUGACUAGGGUGACCUCCGUGACAAGGAUGACUUAGGUGACUAGAGUGACGAGGGUGACUUGGGUGACUACGGUGACUAGGGUGUGAUUGAGAGACUUGGGUGACUAGGCUAACUAGGCUGACUACAGUGUCUAGGAUGACUUGAGUGACUAGGGUGACUAGAGUGACUAGAGUGCUUCGGCGACUAAGGUGACUUGGGUGACUACGGUGACUUGGGUGACCUGGGUCACUAGGCUGACUAGGGUGAGUUGGGUGACUACGGUAACUUCGGUGACUAGGGUGAGUUGGGUGACUACGGUGACUUGGGUCACUAGGGUGACUUGCGUGACCCGCGAGACCGGGGUGACAAGGGUGACUGGAGUGACUUAGGUGACUAGGGUGAUUAGGGUGACUUCAGUGACUAGGGUAACUGGGGUGAGUUGAGUCACAAGAAGGACUAGGGUGACUUGAGUGACUAGGUGACUAGGGUGAGAUGGGUGACUAGGGUAACUUGAAUGACUACGGUGACUUCGGUGACUUUCGUGACUUGCCAUCCCAGGCAUUCCCGGUCAUCCUAGUCAUCCUAGUCAUCCCAGCCAUCCCUGUCAUCCCUACUCAUCCCUAGUCAUCCCUAGUCAUCCCUAGUUAUCCCUGGCCAGUCAUCCCUAGUCAUCCCAGUCAUCCCUAGUCAUCCCUAGCUAUCCUUAGUCAUUCUAGUCAUCCUUAGUCAUCCCAGUCAUCCCUAGUCAUUGCUAGACAUCCUGAGUCAUCCUAGUCAUCUCUAGUCAUCCCUACUCAUCCCAGUCAUCCCUAGUCAUCCCUAGUCAUCCCAGUCAUCCCAGUCAUCCUUAGUCAUCCCUAGUCAUCCCUAGUCAUCCCAGUCAUCCCUAGUCAUCUCAGUCAUCCCUAGUCAUCCCUAGUCAUCCCUAGUCAUCCCAGUCAUCCCUAGUCAUCCCUAGUCAUCCCUAGUCAUCCUUCGUCAUCCCAGUCAUCCCUAGUCAUCCCUAGUCUUCCCCUUUAUUCCUAGUCAUCCCUAGUCAUCCUUAGUCAUCCCAGUCAUCCCAGUCAUCCCUAGUCAUGCCAGUCAUCCCUAGUCAUCCCUAGUCAUCCCAGUCAUCCUUAUUCAUCCCUAGUCAUCCCCGUCAUCCCUAGUCAUCCCAGUCAUCCCAGUCAUCCCAAGUCAUCCUUCGUCAUCCCAGUCAUCCCUAGUCAUCCCAGUCAUCCCCAGUCAUCCCUAGUCAUCCCUAGUCAUCCCAGUCAUCCUUAUUCAUCCCUAGUCAUCCCCGUCACCCCUAGUCAUCCCUAGUCAUCCCAGUCAUCCCAGUCAUCCCAAGUCAUCCUUCGUCAUCCCAGUCAUCCCUAGUCAUUGCUGGACAUCCUUAGUCAUCCCAGUCAUCCCAGUCAUCCCUAGUCAUCCCUAGUCAUCUCAGUCAUCCCUAGUCAUCCCUAGUCAUCCCUACUCAUCCCAGGCAUCCCUAGUCUUGCCUAGUUAUCCAAGUCAUCCCUAGUCAUCCCUAGUCAUCCUUCGUCAUCCCAGUCAUCCCUAGUCAUCCCUAGUCUUCCCCUUCAUCCCUAGUCAUCCCUAGUCAUCCUUAGUCAUCCCAGUCAUCCCUAGUCAUCCCUAGUCAUCCCUAGUAAUCCCUAGUCAUACCAGUCAUCCCUAGUCAUCCCAGUCAUUCCCAGUCAUCCCAGUCAUCCCUAGUCAUCCCAGUCAUCCCUAGUUAUCCCUAGUCAUCCAUAGUCAUCCGUAGUCAUCCCUAGUCAUCCCUAGUCAUCCCAGUCAUCCUUAGUCAUCCUUCGUCAUCGCAGUCAUCCCUAGUCAUCCGAGUCAUCCCUAGUCAUCCCAGUCAUCCCUAGUCAUCCCAGUCAUCCCUAGUCAUCCCAGUCAUCCCUAGUCAUCCUUCAUCAUCCCAGUCAUUCCUAGUCAUCCAUUGUUCUCCUUAAUCUUCCCAAUCAUCGCUAGUCAUCCCUAGUCAUCCCAGUCAUCCCUAGUCAUCCCUGGUCAUCUCUAGUCAUCCCAGUCAUCCUUAGUCAUCCCAGUCAUCCUUAUUCAUCCCUAGUCAUCCCCGUCAUCCCAAGUCAUCCCUAGUCAUCCCAGUCAUCCCAGUCAUCCCAGUCAUCCCAAGUCAUCCUUCGUCAUCCCAGUCAUCCCUAGUCAUCCCAGUCAUCCCUAGUCAUCCCAGUCAUCCCUAGUCAUCCCAGUCAUCCCUAGUUAUCCCUAGUCCUCCCAGGCAUCCCUACUCAUCCCUAGUCAUCCCUACUCAUCCAAGGCAUUCCUAGUCUUCCCUAGUCAUCCCAGUCGUCCCUAGUCAUGCCAGUCAUCCCUAGUCAUCCCUAGUCUUCCCCUUCAUCCCUAGUCAUCCCUAGUCAUCCUUAGUCAUCCCAGUCAUCCCUAGUCAUCCCAGUCAUCCCCAGUCAUCCCUAGUCAUCCCCAGUCAUCCCUAGUCAUCCCAGUCUUCCCUAGUCAUCCCUAGUCAUCCCUAGUCAUCCUAGUCAUCCCUAGUCAUCCCUAGUCAUCCCAGUCAUCCCUCGUCAUCCCUAGUCAUCCCUAGUCAUCCGUAGUCAUCCCUAGCCAUCCCUAGUCAUCCCAGUCAUCCCUAAUCAUCCUUCGUCAUCGCAGUCAUCCCUAGUCAUCCGAGUCAUCCCUAGUCAUCCGUAGUCAUCCCUAGUCAUCCCAGUCAUCCUUAGUCAUCCCAGUCAUCCUUAUUCAUCCCUAGUCAUCCCCGUCAUCCCAAGUCAUCCCUAGUCAUCCCAGUCAUCCCAGUCAUCCCAAGUCAUCCUUCGUCAUCCCAGUCAUCCCUAGUCAUCCCAGUCAUCCCUAGUUAUCCCUAGUCCUCCCAGGCAUCCCUACUCAUCUCUAGUCAUCCCUACUCAUCCCAGGCAUCCCUAGUCUUCCCUAGUCAUCCCAGUCAUCCCUAGUCAUCCCAGUCAUCCCUAGUCAUCCAUAGUCUUCCCCUUCAUCCCUAGUCAUCCCUAGUCAUCCCUAGUCAUCCCUAGUCAUCCUUAGUCAUCCCAGUCAUCCCUAGUCAUCCCUAAACAUCCCUAGUCAUCCCUAGUCAUCCCAGUCAUCCCUAGUCAUCCCAGUCUUCCCUAGUCAUCCCUAGUCAUCCCUAGUCAUCCUAGUCAUCCCUAGUCAUCCCAGUCAUCCCUAGUCAUCCCAGUCAUCCCUAGUCAUCCCUAGUCAUCCCUAGUCAUCCCUAGUCAUCCCUAGUCAUCCGUAAUCAUCCCUAGCCAUCCCUAGUCAUCCCAGUCAUCCCUAAUCAUCCUUCGUCAUCGCAGUCAUCCCUAGUCAUCCGAGUCAUCCUUAGUCAUCCUAGUCAUCCCUAGUCUUCCCAGUCAUCCCUAGUCAUCCCUAGUCAUCCUUCAUCAUCCCAGUCAUUCCUAGUCAUCCAUAGUUCUCCUUAGUCUUCCCAAUCAUCCCUAGUCAUCCCUAGUCAUCCCAGUCAUCCCUAGUCAUCCCAGUCAUCCCUGGUCAUCCCAGUCAUCCCUAGUCAUCCCAGUCAUCCCUAGUCAUCCCAGUCAUCCCUAGUCAUCCUUAGUCAUCCUUAUUCAGCCCAGUCAUCCCUAGUCAUCCCUAGUCACCCCGUCAUCCCUAGUCAUCUCUAGUCAUCCUUUGUGAUUACUAGUCCUCCCUAGUCAUCCCAGUCAUCCUUACUAAUCUCUAGUCAUCCCAGUCAUCCCUUUCACCCCUAGUCAUCCAUAGUCAUCCCUAGUUAUCCCAGUCAUCCCUUUUCAUCCCAGUCAUCCCUAGUCAUCCCAGUCUUCCCUAGUCAUCCCUAGUCAUCCCUAGUUAUCCCUAGUCAUCCUAGUCAUCCCUAGUCAUCCCAGUCAUCCCUAGUCAUCCCAGUCAUCCCUAGUCAUCCCUAGUCAUCCCUAGUCAUCCGUAGUUAUCCGUAGUCAUCCCUAGCCAUCCCUAGUCAUCCCAGUCAUCCCUAAUCAUCCUUCGUCAUCGCAGUCAUCCCUAGUCAUCCGAGUCAUCCCUAGUCAUCCCAGUCAUCCCUAGUCAUCCCUAGUCAUCCUUCAUCAUCCCAGUCAUUCCUAGUCAUCCAUAGUUCUCCUUAGUCUUCCAAUCAUCCCUAGUCAUCCCUAGUCAUCCCAGUCAUCCCUAGUCAUCCCUAGUCAUCGCUAGUUAUCCCAGUCAUCCCUAGUCAUCCCAGUCAUCCCUAGUCAUCCCAGUCUUCCCUAGUCAUCCCUAGUCAUCCCUAGUUAUCCCUAGUCAUCCUAGUCAUCCCUAGUCAUCCCAGUCAUCCCUAGUCAUCCCAGUCAUCCCUAGUCAUCCCUAGUCAUCCGUAGUCAUCCGUAGUCAUCCCUAGCCAUCCCUAGUCAUUCCAGUCAUCCCUAAUCAUCCUUCGUCAUCGCAGUCAUCCCUAGUCAUCCGAGUCAUCCCUAGUCAUCCUAGUCAUCCCUAGUCAUCCCAAACAUCCCUAGUCAUCCCAGUCAUCCCUAGUCAUCCCAGUCAUCCCUAGUCAUCCUUCAUCAUCCCAGUCAUUCCUAGUCAUCCAUUGUUCUCCUUAAUCUUCCCAAUCAUCGCUAGUCAUCCCUAGUCAUCCCAGUCAUCCCUAGUCAUCCCUGGUCAUCCCUAGUCAUCCCAGUCAUCCUUAGUCAUCCCAGUCAUCCUUAUUCAUCCCUAGUCAUCCCCGUCAUCCCAAGUCAUCCCUAGUCAUCCCAGUCAUCCCAGUCAUCCCAGUCAUCCCAAGUCAUCCUUCGUCAUCCCAGUCAUCCCUAGUCAUCCCAGUCAUCCCUAGUCAUCCCAGUCAUCCCUAGUCAUCCCAGUCAUCCCUAGUUAUCCCUAGUCCUCCCAGGCAUCCCUACUCAUCCCUAGUCAUCCCUACUCAUCCAAGGCAUUCCUAGUCUUCCCUAGUCAUCCCAGUCGUCCCUAGUCAUGCCAGUCAUCCCUAGUCAUCCCUAGUCUUCCCCUUCAUCCCUAGUCAUCCCUAGUCAUCCUUAGUCAUCCCAGUCAUCCCUAGUCAUCCCUAGUCAUCCCCAGUCAUCCCUAGUCAUCCCAGUCAUCCCUAGUCAUCCCAGUCUUCCCUAGUCAUCCCUAGUCAUCCCUAGUCAUCCUAGUCAUCCCUAGUCAUCCCAGUCAUCCCUAGUCAUCCCAGUCAUCCCUAGUCAUCCCUAGUCAUCCCUAGUCAUCCGUAGUCAUCCCUAGCCAUCCCUAGUCAUCCCAGUCAUCCCUAAUCAUCCUUCGUCAUCACAGUCAUCCCUAGUCAUCCGAGUCAUCCCUAGUCAUCCCUAGUCAUCCCAGUCAUCCUUAGUCAUCCCAGUCAUCCUUAUUCAUCCCUAGUCAUCCCCGUCAUCCCAAGUCAUCCCUACUCAUCCCAGUCAUCCCAGUCAUCCCAGUCAUCCCAAGUCAUCCUUCGUCAUCCCAGUCAUCCCUAGUGAUUGCUGGACAUCCUUAGUCAUCCCAGUCAUCCCUAGUUAUCCCUAGUCCUCCCAGGCAUCCCUACUCAUCUCUAGUCAUCCCUACUCAUCCCAGGCAUCCCUAGUCUUCCCUAGUCAUCCCAGUCAUCCCUAGUCAUCCCAGUCAUCCCUAGUCAUCCCUAGUCUUCCCCUUCAUCCCUAGUCAUCCCUAGUCAUCCCUAGUCAUCCUUAGUCAUCCCAGUCAUCCCUAGUCAUCCCUAAACAUCCCUAGUCAUCCCUAGUCAUCCCAGUCAUCCCUAGUCAUCCCAGUCUUCCCUAGUCAUCCCUAGUCAUCCCUAGUCAUCCUAGUCAUCCCUAGUCAUCCCAGUCAUCCCUAGUCAUCCCAGUCAUCCCUAGUCAUCCCUAGUCAUCCCUAGUCAUCCCUAGUCAUCCCUAGUCAUCCCUAGUCAUCCGUAGUCAUCCCUAGCCAUCCCUAGUCAUCCCAGUCAUCCCUAAUCAUCCUUCGUCAUCGCAGUCAUCCCUAGUCAUCCGAGUCAUCCUUAGUCAUCCUAGUCAUCCCUAGUCUUCCCAGUCAUCCCUAGUCAUCCCUAGUCAUCCUUCAUCAUCCCAGUCAUUCCUAGUCAUCCAUAGUUCUCCUUAGUCUUCCCAAUCAUCCCUAGUCAUCCCUAGUCAUCCCAGUCAUCCCUAGUCAUCCCAGUCAUCCCUGGUCAUCCCAGUCAUCCCUAGUCAUCCCAGUCAUCCCUAGUCAUCCCAGUCAUCCCUAGUCAUCCUUAGUCAUCCUUAUUCAGCCCAGUCAUCCCUAGUCAUCCCUAGUCACCCCGUCAUCCCUAGUCAUCUCUAGUCAUGCUUUGUGAUUACUAGUCCUCCCUAGUCAUCCCAGUCAUCCUUACUAAUCUCUAGUCAUCCCAGUCAUCCCUGUCACCCCUAGUCAUCCAUAGUCAUCCCUAGUUAUCCCAGUCAUCCCUAGUCAUCCCAGUCAUCCCUAGUCAUCCCAGUCUUCCCUAGUCAUCCCUAGUCAUCCCUAGUUAUCCCUAGUCAUCCUAGUCAUCCCUAGUCAUCCCAGUCAUCCCUAGUCAUCCCAGUCAUCCCUACUCAUCCCUAGUCAUCCCUAGUCAUCCGUAGUUAUCCGUAGUCAUCCCUAGCCAUCCCUAGUCAUCCCAGUCAUCCCUAAUCAUCCUUCGUCAUCGCAGUCAUCCCUAGUCAUCCGAGUCAUCCCUAGUCAUCCCAGUCAUCCCUAGUCAUCCCUAGUCAUCCUUCAUCAUCCCAGUCAUUCCUAGUCAUCCCUAGUUCUCCAGUCUUCCAAUCAUCCCUAGCAAUCCGUAGUCAUCCCAGUCAUCCCUAGUCAUCCCUAGUCAUCGCAGUUAUCCCUAGUCAUCCCUUGUCAACCAGAGUCUUCCGUAGUCAUCCCAGUCAUUCCUAGUCAUGCCUAGUCAUCCCUAGUCAUCCCUAGUAAUCCGUAGUCAUCCAUAGUCAUUCCAGUCAUCUCUAGUCAUCCCUAGUCAUCGCAGUUAUCCCUAGUCAUCCCUUGUCAUCCCGAGUCUCCCGUAGUCAUCCCAGUCAUCCCUAGUCUUCGUUAGUCAUCCCUAGUAACCCCAGUAAUACCUAGUCAUCCCUAGUCAUCCCAGUCAUCCUUAGUCAUCCCAGUCAUCCCUAGUCAUCCGUAGUCAUCCUGAGUCAUCCCAGUCAUCCCUAGUCAUCCCUAGUCUUCCGUAGUCUUACCAGUCAUCCCUAGUCAUCCUUCAUCAUCCCAGUCAUUCCUAGUCAUCCAUUGUUCUCCUUAAUCUUCCCAAUCAUCGCUAGUCAUCCCUAGUCAUCCCAGUCAUCCCUAGUCAUCCCUAGUCAUCCCUAGUCAUCGCAGUCAUCCUUAGUCAUGCCAGUCAUCCUUAUUCAUCCCUACUCAUCCCCUUCAUCCCAAGACAUCCCUAGUCAUUCCAGUCAUCCCAGUCAUCCCAGUCAUCCCAAGUCAUCCUUCGUCAUCCCAGUCAUCCCUAGUCAUCCCAGUCAUCCCUAGUCAUCCCAGUCAUCCCUAGUCAUCCCAGUCAUCCCUAGUUAUCCCUAGUCCUCCCAGGCAUCCCUACUCAUCCCUAGUCAUCCCUACUCAUCCCAGGCAUCCCUAGUCUUCCCUAGUCAUCCCUGUCGUCCCUAGUCAUCCCAGUCAUCCCUAGUCAUCCCUAGUCUUCCCCUUCAUCCCUAGUCAUCCCUAGGCAUCCUUAGUCAUCCCAGUCAUCCCUAGUCAUCCCUAGUCAUCCCCAGUCAUCCCUAGUCAUCCCAGUCUUCCCUAGUCAUCCCUAGUCAUCCCUAGUCAUCCUAGUCAUCCCAGUCAUCCCUAGUCAUCCCAGUCAUCCCUAGUCAUCCCUAGUCAUCCCUAGUCAUCCGUAGUCAUCCUUAGUCAUCCCUAGUCAUCCCAGUCAUCCUAAUCAUCCUUAGUCAUCGCUAGUCAUCCCUAGUCAUCCGAGUCAUCCCUAGUCAUCCGUAGUCAUCCCUAGUCAUCCCAGUCAUCCCUAAUCAUCCCUAGUCAUCCGUAGUCAUCCCUACUCAUCCUUGUCAUCCCAGUCAUCCUUAGUAAUCCCUAGUCAUCCCAGUCAACCUUAGUCAUCCCAGUCAUCCCUAGUCAUCCAAGUCAUUCCCAGUCAUCCCUAGCCAUCCCUAGUCACCCCAGUAAUCACUAGUCAUCCCUAAUCAUCCCUAAUCAUCCCUAGUGAUCCCAGUCUCCCCUAGUCAUCCCUAGCCAUCCCAAUCAUCCCUAGUCAUCGAAAGUCAUUGUUAGACAUCCGUAGUCAUCCUAGUCAUCCUUAGUCAUCCCUAGUCAUCCCUAGUCAUCCCUAGUCAUCCCAGUCAUCCCUAGUCAUCCCAGUCAUCCCUAGUCAUCCCUAGGCAUCCCUAGUCAUCCCAGUCGUUCCUAGUCAUCCCUAGUCAUCCGAGUCAUCCCUAAUCAUCCCUAGUCAUCCCAGUUAUCCCUAGUCAUCCCUAGUCAUCCCAGUCAUCCCUAGUCAUCCCUAGUAAUCCCUAGUCAUCCCUAGUAAUCCCUAGUCAUCCCUAGUCAUCCCUAGUCAUUCCUAGUCAUCCCUAGUCAUCCCUAGUCAUCCCUAGUCAUCGUAGUCAUCCCAGUCAUCCCACUCAUCCCUAGUCAUCCGAGUCAUCCCUAGUCAUCCCAGUCAUCCAUAGUCAUCCCUAGUCAUCCCUAGUCUUCCCAGUGAUCUUUAGUCAUCCCAGUCAUCCUAGUCAUCCUUAGUCAUCCUUAGUCAUCCCAGUUAUCCCUAGUCAUCCUUAGUCAUCCGAGUCAUCCUUAGUCAUCCCAGUUAAACUUAGUCAUCCCAGUCAUCCCUAGUCAGCCCUAGUCAUCCCAGUUAUCCCUAGUCAUCCCUAGUCAUCCCUAGUCAUCCCAGUCAUCCCUAGUCAUCCCUAGUCAUCCCUAGUCAUCCCUAGUCAUCCCUAGUCAUCCUAGUCAUCCCAGUCAUCCCUAGUCAUCCCUAGUUAUCCCUAGUCAUCCCAGUCAUCCCUAGUCAUCCCUAGUCAUCCCAGUCAUCUCAGUCAUCCCUAGUCAUCCCUAGUCAUCCCAGUCAUCCUUAAUCAUCCCAGUUAUCCUAGUCAUCCCUAGUCAUCCUUAGUCAUCCCUAGUCAUCCCUAGUCAUCCCUAGUCAUCCCAGUCAUCCUAGUCCAGUCAUCCCUAGUCAUCCCUAGUCAUCCCAGUAAUCCCUAGUCAUCCCUAGUCAUCCUUAGUCAUCUCAGUCAUCCCUAGUCAUCCCUAGUCAUCCCAGUCAUCCUUAGUCAUCCCAGUCAUCCCAGUCAUCCUAGUCAUCCCUAGUCAUCCCUAGUCAUCCCAGUCAUCCCUAGUCAUCCCUAGUCAUCCCAGUCAUCCCAAGUCAUCCCCAGUCAUCCCAGGUAUCCCUGGUCAUCCCUAGUCAUCCCUAGUCAUCUUAGACAUCCCCAGUCAUCUUAGUCAUCCCUAGUCAUCCCAGUCAUCCCUAGUGAUCCCUAGUGAUCCUUAGUCAUUUCAGUUUUCCCAGUCAUUGCUAGUGAUCCCUGGUCAUCCCAGUUAUCCCUUGUCAUCCCCAGUCAUCCCAGUCAUCCCUAGUCAUCCCAGUCAUCCCUAGUCAUCCCAGUCAUCCUUUAGUCAUCCUAGUCAUCCUAGUCAUCCCAGUCAUCCCUAGUCAUCUGGUCAUCCAGUCAUCCCUAGUCAUCCCUAGUCAUCCGUUGUCAUCCUAGUCAUCCUAGUCAUCCCAGUCAUCCCUAGUCAUCCCUAGUCAUCCCAGUCAUCCCUAGUCAUCCCUAGUCAUCCUAGUCAUCCCUAGUCAUCCCUAGUCAUCCCAGUCAUCCUAGUCAUCCCUAGUCAUCCCUAGUCAUCCCUAGUCAUCCCUAGUCAUCCCAGUCAUCCCUAGUCAUCCCAGUCAUCCCUAGUCAUCCUUAGUCAUCCCAGUCAUCCCUAGUCAUCCCAGUCAUCCCUAGUCAUCCCAGUCAUCCCUAGUUAUCCCUAGUCAUCCCAGUCAUCCCUAGUCAUCCCAGUCAUCCGUAGUCAUCCCUAGUCAUCCUAGUCAUCCCAGUCAUCCCUAGUCAUCCCAGUCAUCCAGUCAUCCCUAGUCAUCCCAGUCAUCCCUAGUCAUCCCUAGUCAUCCCUAGUCAUCCCAGUCAUCCCUAGUCAUCCCUAGUCAUCCCAGUCAUCCCUAGUCAUCCUAGUCAUCCCUAGUCAUCCCUAGUCAUCCCAGUCAUCCCUAGUCAUCCCUAGUCAUCCCUAGUCAUCCCAGUCAUCCCUAGUCAUCCCUAGUCAUCCCUAGUCAUCCUAGUCAUCCCUAGUCAUCCCUAGUCAUCCCUGUCAUCCCUAGUCAUCCCUAGUCAUCCCUAGUCAUCCCAGUCAUCUCUAGUCAUCCCUAGUCAUCCCAGUCAUCCCUAGUCAUCCCUAGUCAUCCCACCUAGUCAUCUCUAGUCAUCCCAGUCUUCCCAGUCAUCCCUAGUCAUCCCUAGUCAUCCUUAGUCAUCUGCGUCAUCCCUAGUCAUCCCUAGUUAUCCCAGUCAUCCUUAGUCAUCCCAGUCAUCCUAGUCAUCCCUAGUCAUCCUUAGUCAUCUCUAGUCAUCUCUAGUCAUCCCUAGUCAUCCCAGUCAUCCCUAGUCAUCACAGUUAUCCCUAGUCAUCCCUUGUCAUCCCUAGUCUUCCCUAGUCAUCUCAGUCAUCCCUAGUCAUCCCUAGUGAUCCCAGUCAUCCUUAGUCAUCCCAGUCAUCCCUGGUCAUCCCUAUUCAUUCUUAGUCAUCCCAGUCAUCCCUAGUCAUCCCUAGUUAUCCCUACUGAUCCCAGUCAUCCCUAGUCAUCCCUAGUCAUCCCAGUCAUCUCAGUCAUCCCUAGUCAUCCCUAGUCAUCCCAGUCAUCCUAGUCAUCCCUAGUCAUCCCAGUCAUCCUAGUCAUCCCUAGUCAUCCCUAGUCAUCCCUAGUCAUCCCUAGUCAUCCCAGUCAUCCCUAGUCAUCCUUUAGUCAUCCCUAGUCAUCCCUAGUCAUCCCAGUCAUCCCUAGUCAUCCGAGUCAUCCCUAGUCAUCCCUAGUCCUCCCAGUCAUCCUAGUCAUCCCUAGUCAUCAUCCUUAUUCAUCCUAGUCAUCCCUAGUCAUCCCUAGUCAUCCCUAGUCAUCCCAGUUAUCCCUAGUCCUCCCUAGUCAUCCUGGUGUUCCCUUGUCAUCCCAGUCAUUCCUAGUCAUCCUAGUCAUUCCUAGUCAUCCCAGUCAUCCAUAGUUAUUCCUAGUCAUACCAGUAAUCGCAGUCAUCCCUAGUAUCCCAGUCAUCCUAGUUAUCCCAGUCAUCCCUAGUCAUCCUAGUCAUCCUAGUCAUCCCUAGUCAUCUCAGUCAUCCCUAGUCAUCCCUAGUCAUCCUAGUCAUCUCACAGUCAUCCCUAGUCAUCCCAGUCAUCCCUAGUCAUCCCUAGUCAUCCCAGUCAUCCUUAGUCAUCCCUAGUCAUCCUUAGGCAUCCCUAGUCUUCCCUAGUCAUCCUCAGUCAUCCUAGUCAUCCCAGUCAUCCCAGUCAUCCCUAGUCAUCCUAGUCAUCUCUAGUCAUCCCUAGUCAUCCAUAGCCAUCCCAGUCAUCCCAGACAUCCCAGUCAUCCCUAAUCAUCCCUAGUCAUCCCUAGUCAUCCCUAGCCAUCCCUAGCCAUCCCAGUCAUCCCAGUCAUCCCUAGUCAUCCCUAGUCAUCCCUAGUCAUCCCUUGUCAUGCCAGUCAUCCCUAGUCAUCCCUAGUCAUCCUUAGCCAUCCUUAGUCAUCCCUAGUCAUCCCUAGUCAUCCUAGUCAUCCUAAGUCAUCCUAGUCAUCCCUAGUCAUCCUUAGUCAUCCCUAGUCAUCCCUAGUCAUCCCUAGUCAUCCCAGUCAUCCCUAGUCAUCCCUAGUCAUCCCAGUCAUCCCUAGUCAUCCCUAGUCAUCCCUAGUCAUCCCAGUCAUCCCUAGUCAUCCCUAGUCAUCCCAGUCAUCCCUAGUCAUCCCAGUCAUCCCUAGUCAUCCCCAGUCAUCCCUAGUCAUCCCAGUCAUCCCUAGUCAUCCCUAGUCAUCCCUAGUCAUCCCAGUGAUCUUUAGUCAUCCCUAGUCAUCCUUAGUCAUUCCUAGUCAUCCCUAGUCAUUCCAGUUAUCCUUUGUCAUCCCUAGUCAUCCCUAGUCAUGCCAGUCAUCCUCAGUCAUGCCUAGUCAUCCCUGGUCAUCCCUAGUCAUCCGCUGUCUUCUUAGUCAUCCGUAGUCAUUCCAGUUAUCCUUUGUCAUCCCUAGUCAUCCCUAGUCAUCCCAGUCAUCCCUAGUCAUCCCUAGUCACCCCAGUCAUCCCUAGUCAUCCCUAACCAUUCUUGUCAUACUAGUCACCCCUAGUCAUGCCAGUCAUCCAUACUCAUCCCUAGUCAUCCCUAGUCAUCCCUAGUCAUCCUAGUCAUCCCUAGUCAUCCCAGUCAUCCCUAGUCAGUCAUCCCUAGUCAUCCCUAGUCAUCCCUAGUCAUCUGUAGUCAUCUUAGUCAUCCCUAAUCAUCCCAGUCAUCCUAAUUAUGCCAGUCAUCUCAGUCAUUCCUAGUCAUCCCACUCACCGUAAUCAUUCCAGUCAUCCUUAGUCAUCCCACUCAUCUUAGUCAUCCCACUCAUCCCUAGUCAUCCCCCUCAUCCCUAGUCAUCCCCUGUCAUCCUAGUCACCCAGUUAUCCCAGUCAUCCCUAAUCAUCCCAGUCAUCCUUAGUCAUCCUAGUCAUCCUAGUCAUCCCUAGUCAUCCCUAGUCAUCCCUAGUCAUCCCUAGUCAUCCCAGUCAUCCCUAGUCAUCUCUAGUCAUCCGUAGUCAUCCCUAGUCAUCCCAGUCAUCCCUAGUCAUCCCUAGUCAUCCCAGUCAUCCCUAGUCAUCCCUAGUCAUCCCAGUCAUCCCUAGUCAUCCCUAGUCAUCCUUAGUCAUCCCAGUCAUCCCUAGCCAUCCCUACUCAUCCCAGUCAUCCCAGUCAUCCCUAGUCAUCCCUAGUCAUCCCUAGUCAUCCCAGUCAUCCCUAGUCAUCCCUAGUCAUCCCAGUCAUCCCAGUCAUCCCUAGUCAUCCCUAGUCAUCCCUAGUCAUCCUAGUCAUCCCUAGUCAUCCCUAGUCAUCCCUAGUCAUCCCAGUCAUCCCUAGUCAUCCCAGUCAUCCCUAGUCAUCCCUAGUCAUCCCAGUCAUCCCUAGUCAUCCCUAGUCAUCCCAGUCAUCCUUAGUCAUCCCAGUUAUCCUUAGUCAUCCCUAGUCAUCCCAGUCAUCCCUAGUCAUCCCUAGUCAUCCCUAGUCAUCCCAGUCCGGUCAUCCCAGUCAUCCCUAGUCAUCCCAGUCAUCCUAGUCAUCCCUAGUCAUCCCAGUCAUCCCUAGUCAUCCCUAGUCAUCCCUAUCAUCCUAGUCAUCCCUAGUCUUCCCAGUCAUCCUAGUCAUCCCUAGUCAUCCCAGUCAUCCCUAGUCAUCCCUAGUCAUCCCUUAGUCAUCCCAGUCAUCCCAUCCCAGUCAUCCUUAGUCAUCCCUAGUCAUCCCUAGUUAUCCCUAGUCACCCCUAGUCAUAAUAGUCCUCCCUAGUCAUCCCAGUCAUCCUUAGUCAUCCUUAGUCAUCUUAGUCAUCCCUGGUCAUCCCAGUCAUCUUUAGUCAUCCCAGUCAUCCCUAGUCAUCCCUAGUCAUUCCAGUCAUUCCUUGUCAUCCAUAGUCAUCCCAGUCAUCCCUAGUCAUCCCAGUCAUCCCUAGUCAUCCGUAGUCAUCCCUAGUCAUCCCCAGUCAUCCCAGUCAUCCCUAGUCAUCCCUUGUCAUCCUAGUCAUCUUUAGUCAUCUCUAGUUAUCCCUAGUCAUCCCUAGUCAUCCCAGUCAUCCCUAGUCAUCCCAAGUCAUCCCAGUCAUCCCUAGUCAUCCCUAGUCAUCCCAGUCAUCCCAGUCAUCCCUAGUCAUCCCUAGUCAUCCCUAGUCAUCCCUAGUCUCCCUAGUCAUCCCAGUCAUCGCUAGUCAUCCCAGUCAUUCCUAGUCAUCCUUAGUCAUCCUUAGUCAUUCCAGUUAUCCCUAGUUAUCCUUAGUCAUCCCUGUCAUCCUUAGUCAUCCCAGUCAUCCCUAGUCUUCCCAGUCAUCCUCAGUCAUCCCUAGUGAUCACAGUCAUCUCUAGUCAUCCCAGUCAUCCCUAGUCAUACCAGUCAUCCCUAGUCAUGCCAGUCUUCCCAGUCAUCCCAGUCAUCCCAAUCAUCCCUAGUCAUCUCUAGUCAUCCCAGUCAUCUCUUGUCAUCCCUACUCAUCCCAGUCAUCCCUAGUCAUCCCAGUUAUCCCUAGUCAUUCUUAGUCAUCCCAAGCCAUCCCAGUCAUCCUUAGUCAUCCCUAGUCAUCCCAGUCAUCCGUAGUCAUCCCAGUCAUCCCUAGUUAUCCCUAGUCAUCCCUGGUCAUCCCAGUCAUCCUUAGUCAUCCUAGUGAUCCCAGUCAUCCAUAGUCAUCCCAGUCAUCCGUAGUCAUUCCAGUCAUCCCUAGUUAUCCCUAGUCAUCCCUAGUCAUCCCAGUCAUCCGUAGUCAUCCCAGUCAUCCCAGUCAUCCCUAGUCAUCCCUAGUCAUCCCAGUCAUCCUUAGUCAUCCUAGUCAUCCCUAGUCAUCCUAGUCAUCCCAGUCAUCCUAGUCAUCCCUAGUCAUCCUAGUCAUCCCUAGUGAUCCCUAGUCAUGCCACUCAUCCCUAGUCAUUCUUACUCAUCCCACUUCUCCGUAGUCAUCCCUUAGUCAUCCUUGUCAUCCCUAGUCAUCCCAGUCAUCCCUAGUCAUCCCUAGUCAUUACUGUCAUCCCUAGUCAUCCCAGUCACCCUAGUCAUUCCUAGUCAUCCCUAGUCAUCCUUAGUCAUUCCUAGUCAUCCUAGUGAUCUUUAGUCAUCCCAGUCAUCCCACUCAUCCCUAGUCAUCCGAGUCAUCCCUAGUAAUACCAGUCAUCCGUAGUCAUCCCUAGUCAUCCCUAGUCUUCCCAGUCAUCCCUAGUCAUCCCAGUCAUCCCUAGUCAUCCUUAGUCAUCCCAGUCAUCCCAUAUCCCUAGUCAUCCUUAGUCAUCCCAGUCAUCCCUAAUCAUCCCAGUCAAACUUAGUCAUCCCAGUCAUCCCUAGUCAUCCCUAGUCAUCCCAGUUAUCCCUAGUCAUCCCUAGUCAUCCCUAGUCAUCCUUAGUCAUCCCUAGUCAUCCCUAGUCAUCCCUAGUCAUCCCAGUCAUCCCAGUCAUCCCUAGUCAUCCCUAGUCAUCCUUAGUCAUCCCAGUCAUCCCUAGUCAUCCUAGUCAUCCCUAGUCAUCCCAGUCAUCCCAGUCAUCCCUAGUCAUCCCAGUGAUCCCUAGUCAUCCCUAGUCAUCCCAGUCAUCCCUAGUCACCCCUAGUCAUCUCUAUUCAUCCCAGUCAGCCCUAGUCAUCCCUAGUCAUCCUAGUCAUCCCUAGUCAUCCGUAGUUAUUUCCAGUGAUCUCUAGUCAUCCCAGUCAUGCUUAGUUAUCCCUAGUCAUCCCUAGUUAUCCAUAGUCAUCCCUAGUCAUCCGAGUCAUCCCUAGUCAUCCCUAAGCAUCCCUAGUCAUCCCUAGUCAUCCCAGUCAUCCGUAGUCAUCCCAGUCAUCCUUAGUCAUCCCUAUUCAUCCCUAGUCUUCUCAGUCAUCCCUAGUCAUCCGUAGUCAUCCCAGUCAUCCCUAGUCAUCUUAGUCAUCCCUAGUGAUCCCAGUCAUCCUUAGUCGUCCCUAGUCAUCCCAGUCAUCCCUUGGCAACCCUAGUCAUCCUUAGUCAUCCCAAGUCAUCCUUAUUCAUCCUUAGUCAUCCCUAGUCAUCCCCAGUCAUCACAGUCAUCCCUAGUCAUCCCAGUCAUCCCUAGUCAUCUCUAGUCAUCCCAGUCAUUCCUAGUCAUCCCAGUCAUCCCAGUCAUCCCUAGUGAUCUCUAGUCAUUCCAGUCAUCCCUAGUCAUCACAGUCAUCCCUAGUCAUCCCAGUCAUCCCUAGUCAUCCCUAGUCAUCCCUAGUCAUCUCUAGUCAUCCCAGUCAUCCCAGUCAUUCCUAGUCAUCCAUAGUUCAUCCUUAGUCAUCCCAGUCAUCCCUAGUUAUCCCUGGUCAUCCCAGUCAUCCCUAGUCAUCCUAGUCAUCCAGUCAUCCCAGUCAUCCCUAGUCAUCCCUAGUCAUCCCAGUCAUCCCUAGUCAUCCCAGUCAUCCCUAGUCAUCCCAGUCAUCCCUAGUCAUCCCUAGUCAUCCAGUCAUCCUAGUCAUCCCUAAUCAUCCCUAGUUAUCCCUAGUCAUCCCCAGUCAUCCUAGUCAUCUCUAGUCAUGUCAUCCCAGUCAUCCUAGUCAUCCCUAGUCAUUCCAGUCAUCCCUAAUCAUCCCAGUCAUCCAGUCAUCCCUAGUCAUCCCUAGUCAUCCCAGUCAUCCUAGUCAUCCCUAGUCAUCCCAAACAUCCCUAGUCAUCCCAGUCAUCCCUAGUCAUCCCAGUCACAAUAGUCAAUCCUUCAUCAUCCCAGUCAUCCCAGUCAUCCCUAGUCAUCCUAAUCAUUCCCAGUCAUCCCUAGUCAUCCCAGUCAUCCUUAGUCAUCCCUAGUCAUCCCUAGUCAUCCCUAGUCACCCGAGUCAUCCUUAGUCAUCCCAGUCAUCCCAGUCAUCCUUCAUCCCAGUCACCCCAGUCAUCCCAGUCAUCAUUAGUCAUCCUAGUCAUCCCAAGUCACCCUAGUCAUCCUAGUCAUCCUUAGUCAUCCCAGUCAUCUAGUCAAGUCUGUCUCCUUAGUCAUCCCAGUCAUCCCUAGUCAUCCUAGUCAUCCCCAGUCAUCCCUAGUCAUCCCUAGUCAUCCCAGUCAUCCUAGUCACCCCAGUCAUCCCUAGUCAUCCCAGUCAUCCCUAGUCAUCCUAGUCAUCCCAGUGGUCAUCCCUGGUCAUCUCAGUCAUCCCAGUCAUCCUAGUCAUCCUAGUCAUCCCUAGUCAUCCCUGGGUCAUCCCAGUCAUCCCUGGUCAUCCCUAGUCAUCCGGUAGUCAUCCCUAGUCAUCCCUAGCCAUCCUUAGUCAUCCCAGUCAUCCCUAGUCAUCCCCCAGUCAUCCCUAGUCAUCCUAGUCAUCCCAGUUAUCAGUCAUCCUAGUCAUCCUAGUCAUCCCAGUCAUCCCUAGUCAUCCCAGUCAUCCCUAGUCAUCCCCAUCCUAGUCAUCCCAGUCAUCCCAGUCAUCCUCGUCAUCCCUAGUCAUCCCUAAUCAUCCCGUAGUCAUCCCUAGUCAUCCCAGUCAUCCCUAGUCAUCCUAGUCAUCCCUAGUCAUAAGUCAUCCCAGUCAUCCUUAGUCAUCCUCAGUCAUCCUUAGUUCAUCCCUAGUCAUCCCAGUCAUUCCAGUCAUCCCAGUCAUCCGUCAUCCUAAGUCAUCCUUAGUCAUCCCAGUCAUCCCUAGUCAUCCCAGUCUUGGAAGUCAUCCUAGUCAUCAGUCAUCCCAGUCAUCCCUAGUCAUCCCAGUCAUCCCUUGUCAUCCCUAGUCAUCCCUAGUGAUCCCAGUCAUCCCUAGUCAUCCCUGUCAUCCCUAGUCAUCCCUUGUCAUCCCUUGUCUUCUCUAGUGAUCGCUUGUCAUCCUUAGCCAUCCCUAGUCAUCUUUAUUCAUUCCAGUCAUCCCAGUCAUCCCUAGUCAUCCCAGUAAUCACUAGUCAUCCCUAGUCAUCCAAUUCAUCCCUAGUCAUCCCUAGUCAUCCCUAGUCAUCCUUAGUCAUCCUUAGUCAUCCUUCAUCCCUAGUCAUAGUCAUCCCUAGUCAUCCUUUAGUCAUCCUAGUCAUCCUAGCCAUCCCUAGUCAUCCCUAGUCAUCCCUGGUCAUCCUUAGUCAUCCCAGUCAUCCCUAGUCAUCUGGUCAAUUUAGUCAUCCCUAGUCAUCCCAGUCAUCCUCGUCAGUCAUCCUUAGUCAUCCCUAGUCAUCCCAGUCAUCCUUAGUCAUCAUCCUAGUCAUCCUUAGUCAUCCCAGUCAUCCCAAGUCAUCCCUAGUCAUCCCAGUCCUCCUUGUCAUCCGUAGUCCCAGUCAUCCCAAGUCAUCCUUCGUCAUCCCAGUCAUCCUAGUCAUCCCAGUCAUCCCUAGUUAUCCCAGUCCUCCCAGGCAUCCCUAGUCAUCCUAGUCAUCCCUAGUCAUCCCAGGCAUCCCUAGUCAUCCUAGUCAUCCCAGUCAUCUGGUCCCUAGUCAUCCCAGUCAUCCCAGUCAUCCCUAGUCAUCCCUAGUUCAUCCUAGUCAUCCCUAGUCAUCCUAGUCAUCCUUAGUCAUCCCAGUCAUCCCUAGUCAUCCCUAAACAUCCGUCCCUAGUCAUCCCUAGUCAUCCUAGUCAUCCCUAGUCAUCCCAGUCUUCCCUAGUCAUCCCUAGUCAUCCCUAGUCAUCCUAGUCAUCCCUAGUCAUCCCAGUCAUCCCUAGUCAUCCCAGUCAUCCCUAGUCAUCCCUAGUCAUCCCUAGUCAUCCCUAGUCAUUCGUAGUCAUCCCUAGCCAUCCCUAGUCAUCCCAGUCAUCCCUAAUCAUCCUUCCUCAUCGCAGUCAUCCCUAGUCAUCCGAGUCAUCCUUAGUCAUCCUAGUCAUCCCUAGUCAUCCCAGUCAUCCCUAGUCAUCCCUAGUCAUCCUUCAUCAUCCCAGUCAUUCCUAGUCAUCCAUAGUUCUCCUUAGUCUUCCUAAUCAUCCCUAGUCAUCCCUAGUCAUCCCAGUCAUCCCUAGUCAUCCCAGUCAUCCCUAGUCAUCCCAGUCAUCCCUAGUCAUCCCAGUCAUCCCUAGUCAUCCCAGUCAUCCCUAGUCAUCCUUAGUCAUCCCAGUCAUCCUUAGUCAUUCCUAGUCAUCCCUAGUCAUCCCUAGUCAUCCCUAGUCAUCCCUAGUCAUCCUAGUCAUCCCUAGUCAUCCUAGUCAUUACUAGUUAUCCCUAGUCAUCCCAGUCAUCCGUAGUCAUCCUUGGUCAUUCCAGUCAUCCCAGGCAUCCCUUGUUAUCCAUAGGCAUCCCAGUCCUCCCUAGUCAUCCCUAGUCAUCCUUAGUCAUCCCUAGUCAUUUCAGUCAUCGCUAGUAAUCCCUAGUCAUCCUUAGUCAUCCUUAGUCAUCCCUAGUCAUCCCUAGACAUCCCUAGUCAUCCCAGUCAUCCGUAGUCAUCCCUAGUCAUCCCAGUCAUCCCUAGUCAUCCCUAGUCAUCCCUAGUCAUCCCAGUCAUCCCUAGUCAUCCCUAGUCAUCCUAGUCAUCCCUAGUCAUCCCAGUCAUCGCUAGUCAUCCCUAGUCAUCCCAGUCAUCCCUAGUCAUCCUUGGUCAUUCCAGUCAUCCCAGUCAUCCCUUGUUAUCCUUAGACAUCCCAGUCAUCCCUAGUCAUCCCUAGUCAUCCUUAGUCAUCCCUAGUCAUCGCUAGUCAUUCCUAGUCAUCCUUAGUCAUCCCAGUCAUCGCUAGUAAUCCCUAGUCAUCCUUAGUCAUCGCUAGCCAUCCCAGUCAUCCGUAGUCAUCCCUAGACACCCCUAGUUAUCCCAGGCAUCCGUAGUCAUCCCUACUCAUCCUUAGUCAUUCCAGUCAUCCCUAGUCAUCCCUAAUCAUCCCUAGUCAUCCGAGUCAUCCCUUUUCAUCACUAGUCAUCCUUAGUCAUCCCUAGUCAUCCCUAGUCAUCCUUACUCUUCCCAGUCAUCCCCAGUCAUCCCUAGUCAUCCCAGUCAUCCCUAGUCAUCCCAGUCAUCCUACGCAUCCUUUGUCAUCCUUAUUCAGCCCAGUCAUCCCUAGUCAUCCCUAGUCAUCCCAAUCAUCCCUAGUCAUCCUUCGUCAUCCCAGUCAUCCCUAGUCAUCCCUAGUCAUCUCAGUCAUCCCUUGUCAUCCCUAGUCAUCCUUAGUGAUUCCAGUCUUCCUAGUCAUCCCUAGUCAUCCCUAGUCAUCCUAGUCAUCCCUAGUCAUCCCUAUUUAUCCUUAGGCAUGCCAGUCAUCCCUAGUCAUCGCUAGUCAUUCUUUGUCAUCCCUUCUUAUCCCUAGUCAUCUCUAGUCAUCCCGAGUCAUCCUUAGUCAUCCCUAGUCAUCCUUAGUCAUCCCUAGUCACCCCUUGUCAUCUCAUCCCUAGUCAUCCCUAGUCAUCCCUAGUCAUCUUAGGUAUCCCUACUUAUCCCUAGUCAUCUCUAGUCAUCCGUAGUUAUCCCAGUCAUCGCUAGUCAUUCCUAUUAAUUUAUUCUUAGUCUUCCGAGUCAUCCCUACUCAUCCCUAGUCAUUCGUAGUCAUCUUUAGUCAUCCGUAGUUAUCCCAGUCAUACUCUAGUCAUCCUUAGUCAUCCCAGUCAUCCCAGUGAUCCUUAGUCGUCCCUAUUCAUCCCUAGUCAUCCUUUGUCGUCCCAGUCAUCGCUAGUCGUCCCUAGUCAUCCCGAGUCAUCCUUUGUCAUCUUAGUCAUCCCUAUUCAUCCUUAGUCAUCCCUAGUCAUCCCUUUUAUCCCUUGUCAUCCUUAGUCAUCCCAGUCAUACCUAUUCAUCCUUAGUCAUCCCUAGUCAUCCCUAGUCUUCCCUAGUGACCCUAGUCACCCUAGUCAGCCAAGUCACCCUGGUCACCCUAGUCACCUUGUCACCUAGUCACCCUAGUCACCCUAGUCACGCACGUCACCCAAGUCAUCCAAGUCACCCAAGUCACCUACAUCACCCUAGUCACUCAAGUCACCUACGUCACGCAAGUUACAGUAGUCACUUUAGUAACCCAAGUCACCCUUGUAACCGAAGUCACCCUAGUCACCCAGGUCACCUAGUCAUGACUAGGGUGACUUGGGUGACUAUUCUGACUAGGGUGACUAGGGUGACUUGGGUGACUUUGCUGACUUGGGUGACUUGGGUGACUGAGGUGACUAGGGUGACAAGGGUGACUAAGGUGGGAAGUGUUUAUCUGAAGCAAUUUUUAUCUUGGUGCACUUAGAAUCUUUCCUGAGUACAAGAGGGUCAUUGAGACAGCUAUAGUUGGAGUUUGUUUUAGGAAGGUGUUGAUGAAUGGUCUUAAGUGAGUUGAAUUCAUGGGAGUCUAGCAGUUGUCAGAUCUAUGUUCUUUUUUAUUCUUUUUGUGACAAUAUUGUACUUUGUUAUGUUUUUUUUAGGGUGCAACAUCCCAUCAUUUAGGGCAGAACUUUUCCAAGAUGUUUGAUAUUGUGUUUGAAGAUCCUGACCCAACAAAGCAGGUAAGAUUGUUGGUCAAGGUCACGUUUUUUCGUAGUUAAAUGUGCCUAUUUUAUCUUUUCGUUGUCUUUUUUGAGGGACUAACGCUCUAAACGUCAAAUUUUGAUCCUUAGUUGGUGGCGAAUAAUUAUAGGUUGUCUACAAAUUGAUAAAACCAAAUUUUUGCAAAAUCAGUUGAUGAAACCAAACCGGCCUAGCAGCACCGUUUCGUCAUACACAUUCUCUUUAUUCAGAGUGAUGCGAAUGGUAGAAGAACCGUUAUGCACACAAAAGUUUGUCGUUGGUAUUACACCACGUCAUACAAUUUUUUUUCGUGAUAAGUUUUAACACCUGAUUUCAAGAGAGUUAUCGAUGAGUCGACGGGUAAUUGCUAACGCUAAUUUCUUUGCUUCUUACGAUAAAACAUCAAGCCAAGUGUUCACAACGUGGAACUCUAAAAAAAGACAGGUGUUCAUUGAUUAUUCAUGCAGUAUCUUCAAGCUGUCAAUCACGAGCAUGUCGAAAACCGGAAGCGGAGGUACAAUUGUAUUCCCACUGCUAGCGUACCAUGUCUUUUUCUUUUGUUGAAUUUACAGGACAAACGAUAUGUGUAUCAGAAUUCCUGGGGUCUCACCACUCGUACAGUCGGUGUUAUGACCAUGGUUCACGGAGACAAUCAAGGACUGGUCCUACCACCACGUAUCGCUUCCGUUCAGGUAAAACCCACUUGAAUGAAUUUUUGCUGUAGUCUUGUUAUACUCUUACUGAUAAACACGAAAACAUUUCUUGAAUUUGAUUGGCUGGGAGCAAUGCAUUUUUAAGUAAAGGCAGUGCAACAACGAAGAAACCUUACAGAAAAAGAGGAAAAUAAAUUGCAAAUGUCUCAGAGAAUGGAGCACCGUGAUUGGCUAAUAAGCGUACCAAUUUUUUAAGAACCAAUCAGUUGCCGCAAUCUGCUGGCAGAUAUCUUGAUGUUUGCGGGUGGAAAAAUGGCCGGUGUACUUCUCCUCGCGCAAGAAGAUGGGUCAGAACUGUCCCAUAGUGCAGUUCGACACAAUGCCUAUCCGGUCUCGCGCGCAACCAAUGAAAAAUAGUAAACUUGUAAAUGAUAACUGUUUCCGGAAGUGAAGUACUCCAUGUCUUUUCUUCCUUACAGGCUGUCAUUAUUCCGUGUGGCCUAACAGCAACGUUACCAGAUGAAGAGAAGACCAAGCUAUUAAACACUUGUAGCGCGUUGGAAGGCAAACUGAAAGAUGCCGGCAUCCGAGCAAAGGGUGAUUACAGAGACAACUACUCACCUGGAUGGAAGUUUAACCACUGGGAACUUAAGGUAUUACUUUUCAGAAGCUUCGGAAUCACUUCGGUCAUUUUCGGAAGCUGUCGGGUCAUCUUCGAGAAUGUUUGGUUAUUUCUGAGGAUGUUGUGACAAAAUCGGAGCAUUUGGAGACAACUUUUGAGAUUUUCCGAAACACUGCAAAUACGUCGGGUCAACUUUCGAUACCGUCGAUGCUCAGAAAAGAUAAGGCGAAGUUUCAAAGUAGUACUGUUAUCGAGUUUUAUGCGAGCUUGAUUUGAGCGUUCUCGUUCAAUCACAGAAAUACCGGUACAUUCAAACGUUGGGGAAUGGCUUACGGGGCUUUAAAUAUCGUUUUGUUUGAUGUUAGACCUUGAAGGAAAUCAAGAAAAGAACGUGUUUCAAAUGACCACUAGAGCAACUGAGUGAAAGGCUGAAUAUGCAGUUUUGGGUCAAAAACUUGCAACAUCCGUUUUUCGAGUCGAGAGAGGCAUAAAAAACCGCGUGUUUGCAAUUUAUAACCAGUCCCCGGACGACUUUGGCGAUGUUUUGAUCUUAAACUUGUAGGGUGUUCCAAUCCGUCUUGAAGUGGGACCACGUGACGUGAAGGCAGGGCAAGCGGUUAUGGUACGAAGAGAUACAGGAGAAAAGGUAACUACGCCUGCAAAGCUAGGUGGAGUUAAAUCUGUUUCUUUAAGUACCAUGCCAUGGCGGCCAUGUUUGAUUUUAUCACUGGGGAAGGGUUACUGGUCGUUUCGAUAGAAAGUCGUUUCGAUACGAGUCGUUCGAUGCAAGUUUAUUCAGUAAAUAGCUCCACGAAUUUGGCUUGAAGAACGAAGAGUAUUCAUCCAAAAUGUUUUUCUUGUUCACGCGCAAACUAUACUUGAAGAGAAUGAAAUUUUUGUGCAAUUUCAGUGCGAGUUCAUAUCGGAACGAUUUUGUAUCGAAACGACCGGUUUCCCUGAGGAAUGGGGAGAGGAGAAAUAGCAACCCAUAGGGUAGAUGUUAGUUAGAAAGAAGGGGGGAGGGAGAGGGGAGGAAACAGUACUCUCUGCUCUUCUCUCUCUGUACCCGCUGCCCCUCCCCCCCUCUUGAUUCGCCCAACUCCUCAACAUUUUGCAGUUGAAGCCGUCAUGAGCAAAAAUGAAAAUUUGAAAUACUGAACUGAAUCCUCUUGUGAGUUUGAUCACUGUAACAAUCACAAGAUGGUUUCUCCCAUUUCUCAUGCUCAUGUCUAACCCCACAUACACAAUACACUUUAUUUUGUGAUCGAAAUGCACCCUACACGUUCCAUGAGUAGCCACUAUUUGGUCAAUGUUUUAAAUACACACAACAAAGCAAUUAGAGACCUAAUACAAACUCAGUAAAACUGGACAUACGACCAGAGACACUGAUAUACUAUGACAACCACCAGUUAUGACUAGAGAUUACUGAUACACUAAUACAAUAAAAUUAUGACAACCACGAGUUGAGAGUUUGAAUGAUUUCUUGGAGAUCAUUGUAACAGUCUUCUGAAGCUCUGACGUCAAAAAGUAUUUUUUUCUCUUAUUUUCCUUUUUAAGGCAUUUUUUGAAAGAUUUCAUAAAUGCUGAGGCAUUUCAUUCCAUAGUUUUUGUUUCUUAAUGCAACAGUCAAAGGUCAUGACAGUUUUUCCCUUUGCCCCUGAACAAAUCUGUGAGUCUUACUGCUCAAAGCCAAACUGACUUUUUUUCCUCUGGUGUACAUGUAAUGUUUUCCUUUGCUUUCCCGUAGAAUUCUGUCAAUCAUAUUACGCUGAAGACAUCUGUGGAGUCACCGAGCGUAUCUCCUACCACUGAUACAAACAAGUAAGACUGCAUUUUGUACGUUUGCAUGUUCCAUGUUGCACAAAACAAAAUUAUGGAUGUUUGGGGCUUUAUUGUGAGUUACAAGUUUGCACAGGUACCUGGGUCAAAAUUUGUUCCCCAAACUAUCCCAUAGAUGCAAUCUGAUACAACUCCUGACCCAGUUUCCAAAUGUGUGCAACCCCUCAGGAAUGGCCAGCGAGAGUGUAGCUCCACAGCGUUGUACGUCCCAAGGACCCAGCGCAAGCACAAAACAGCACUGGGCAGGCUUUCUCCCAAAGGUCUCUGCAUUAAAAAAGGUAAAGGGUAGCAACCAUAUUUGACGUCGAUUAACUGUGACAGAUAAUAAUUGAGGUCUGAUUGCGCGUUUUAUUUGAUUCUCUCCAAUUCAAUGUCUGUUUUAUGAUAUUUGUGUUUGGGGUCAGCCACAGCAGCUGAGAGAAGCUGAAAUAUGGAUGGUCAUGGGAGAUCAACCAGUCUGCACCGAAGGCCGUUAACCAGCCAUACUGCAAGCUCUUCUCUCACUGAAGGAUUGUUCAAAGAUGGAAAGAUAGGGAUGUUAGCAGUCCAAACGGAACAGGGGUGUUUUAUUAGUUAAACCCUGUAACUCCCAACUCUCACAUGUUUUAUUGGUAAAUUUUGAAAGUUCGUGUGAAUAGGUACCAUCAAGCCCAUUUAUUCCAUCCAUCAUGAUCCACACAGGUUACGUGUAUUUAUUUUGCUCAUACGACCUGAAUUUUAUUUCAGAGCAAAGAAGGAAACAGCUGCCAAUACUAGCAAACGCACCUGGUCUGAGUCUCAACGCCUCACAGAUACAAAAGGUGUGUGUGUGGAUUCCCCACCUUCUAGAAGCGUGCGACGAAGGACAGUUCAAGAAAAAUGAGAAACUACGUUGGAAAAAUACAAGAAAACAAUCAAUCUGCAAUGACAAUAUUGCUUAACAGCUAAAGUUCUAAUCAGCACAUACUAAUAUGAGAAAUUUCAACCUAAUAAACUUGGAGUUCAUUUUUUACGGGAAAGUGGAAAGCGCAUUCUUGUCUCUGACUCUGAACUCUCUCGCCUGAACUCGCCUUCUUUCAACGGAGUUGUAUACAUAUUUGAUAACCAAAUUUAAGUGUUCGUGUGGAGAUUUUCCGACCAGCUACAGCACGUGAGAAAUCAGUUAACUAGACUGGCCUUUCCUGCAUUUGAACACCGUGAGGCGAGGUCUCGGUCAACCGCGCCUAUACGAAAAUAGGCGUUCUGCAUACCGUAAUAAACAUGAACAUUCGACCAACUUUUCCUAUAUCUCUAUUUCAGAUCAUCCAGGCGCCGUUUUGUGGUGAUGGGACUUGCGAAGGCAAGAUCAAGAAAGAUAGUGCAAGGUAUUGAACACAUUCGAAAUGCCAGGCUCCGUCCACAAGAUGUGGCAUAUUUAAUGUUGAUAUUUCUAUGCGUGCCAAGGAUCUAAAUGGUUCUGAAUAACUAGCAAGAAUUCUUUUCAGAAAUAAUAAUGAUAGAAACUUUUUUCUGUGUAAUAAACGAAAUUUUGUUGACGAAAAAAGUUCUUGACCACGACUAAUGAAAAGCCCAUCAUUUUCAGUUCUUUGCUUACAUUUUGUCUUUGUAGAUCACCGUUAUGUUAUGUAGAACUCAUGAAUAUGACUUCCGGCCACUGUACCCACCAAUCUCCUACCACACUUCUUAGACCAUGUUGACAUUAUACUGCCGGGGAUAGCUUUUGCCCUGCCAUGAAAUUCCUAUCGGAUAGUGCUUUUGUUCACACACAAGAACGGUUGUGGCGGCGCGAUUUCAGUGACGCAGCAAAGCUUUCCCCGUCGAUCUCUCUAAAGUGGAGCGUCACAUAUCGGAUAGGUGUUCAUACUCUAUCGGAUAGCUUAAGCGCCGCCACAAAAUUCAUACGGAUAGGAUUCCUGUUCACACACAAAAAUAGUUAUGGUAGUCAGUGACCCAGCGAAGCCCGCGCUGCAGCGACCUCUAAAGCGGAGAGUCACAUAUCGGGUAGGUGUACACACUAUAGCGGACAGCUUUUCGUGUCGCCAAGAGCAUCUGUCCGGUAUAGAGAGUACAUAGCCUCAAGGCUGGAAAAUUGUGACAGUUAUCAAAGUUCACCCUAUUCUGUUGUUCUUAUAUAUUGAAACAGAGAUUGAGAAAUUGUAUUGUGAUGAUUAAAUGUUGUCGUUUCUCAGGGACCAAGAUUUGGAGGCAGGAGCCCCGUCCAUGGGCGCCAAAAGUUUGUGUAUCCCGUUUGACCAGCCCAUGGAGUUAACCGCUGACGCAAAGUGUGUUUACCCGGAGUGUGAUCAACCCGCCAAGUAUUACACGCUAUUUGGCAGAAGUUAUUAAGGCAACAUCAAUCUUAUAUUAUAUAAUUGCAGAAGUCUGGCUUCUCUCGCUAACAAUUUUUCUCCGGUUUGUUCAAUCCUGUGUUUGUAUCGACAUUUUCCUAUGGUAGCCUGGAAAAGCUAUUUCUAUUCAAGGCUCGUUGCCUGUAUCAAGAGCGUCAAUGGCUGUUGUCUCUGUAGAAUAGAUCAAACUGCGACCGACCGUGGACUGGUCACUAGUCCAUCGUCCGUUGCAAAGCGCGGAAUGGUUAGUGAUGUUACAAAUUUCCUUAUAGGACUUGAGCUAAAUCAGAUAAAUGCAGGUAAUGGCUAUCAUUGCCGUAGUCUCUAAACGCUUCUAUGGCGUUUCCUGAACAGUUCUGUUUUAGUACCAUUUAGUGAGUAUUUAGUGCAAGAUUGUAUCAAAGCCAAAGGCUAGAAUAAAAAUAUCUUCAAUGCG